GCAUCAUCGCGAUUCGCAUUCGAUCGACGUCUUGGUUUAAAAGGGUAACUCGGGAAAAUUAUCCAUUACUGUUUAAUUAUGACCUGACUCUUAAAAAUAUCAAAUACAGAUUAAUUAAAAUGCUAUUGACAAAGUAACAAUAGACAGAGCUAACUCGUUUUCGUGUUUAAAUAUUUAUUUACGAUAGUACUAAAAAAACGAUAGUCUUAAAAAGAGUUCAGGAGACAUAUCUUCUCAUCAAACGAAUGAAACAGGAGUCAGUGCUUUCUCAGUGUUAUUAUCAGUGUUGAUAGUGCGCGUUAAUUAGGAAAAAGGGAUUUGCCUUUACGACCCAGUGCCUCAGCGUCUUAUAGACGGAUUUAUAAUUCCUAAUUGAUAAUAACAAUUGUCAAAAUGAAGCGACAAACGUCGCAAAAUCAACAGCAAGAACAGAGAAUGGUUCAGGAGCAGUAUACUCAUCAUCACACCGAAAGACAAAUAACGAGACAGGAAAUCGUCAGUCAGCAGAGAGUACAAGGAGAAGUAAUUAUGACAACAUCAGCCCCUCGUAUUACUGGUGGGUCCAGAGAAUCAGCACCGGUAUUUGAAAAAAUAUUCAGAGAUGCGCGAUUUGCUCAAGGAGGUAAUGCCAUUUUUGAGGGACGAGUUCGUGGUAAUCCUAGACCAACUGUCACUUGGACUCACGAGAAUAAGCCACUUCAUCAAUCUCCGAAGGUUCGAAUGUCCUAUAACGAGACAAAUGGUGAUGUUAUCCUCCAGAUCAAUCAAAUUGGACCCGGCGAUGAGGGCGAAUACACUUGCAAUGCUCGAAAUCCUCUAGGGGAAGCUAUUUGUGCAGUUUGCAUUCAACCCGAAGGAUUUGGACAAAUGCCGAGACAAUCUCAGAAAGACUAUCAGCAACGUUAUUCUCAGACUAUUGAUAAAAGAUUCACCAAUGGCUCCACUACAACAUCAACUACAACAACGACAAUUGAGGAUUUCAAAGUCGACACAUUUGAAUAUCGUUUACUUCGAGAAAAAGACUUCCGCGAAUCGAAUACUCGUCGUUACGUUGGAGAGUCUGAUGCCCUCAUAUCGAACAAUGUCGAUAGAAAUUUGGGUCCCAUAGCACCACCUGAGUUUGGCCAAAAAUUGCGAAGUUCAAAAUUGUCUGAGGGCUCUGAUGCUGUGUUCACAACAAAAUUAUCGGGAAAUCCUCGAGUUAGAACAACAUGGUUCAAAGAUGGUCAGCGAGUUAGAAGCUCCCAGCAUAUUGAAACUGUUUAUUCUAAUCAACAAGCAACAUUGCGAAUUAAGAAUGUCAACCAAGCAGACAGUGGACACUACACCCUACUCGCUGAAAAUCCCCAAGGAUGUACAGCAAGCUCGGCAUAUCUUGCGAUAGAACCAACAGAUCAGACUGACCAUGUUCAGAGGGAGACGUUAAAGACAAUUGAAGCUGUUGGAAGUAUUGGUACAAGUGGUGGUCCUGAUAGUGACAAAGCAUUGGCACCAAAUUUCAUCAGAACUUGUGCAGAUCGUGAUGUAACUGAGGGUAAAAUGACAAGAUUUGACUGUCGUGUCACUGGCAAACCUUAUCCAGAAGUAACAUGGUACAUCAAUGGAUAUCCCGCUGUAAAUGAUGCAACUCAUAAAAUUCUGGUAAAUGAGACCGGCAGUAAUUCAUUGAUGAUAACAAAUGUCACACGAUCAGAUGCUGGAGUCAUAACAUGUGUUGCCAAAAAUAAAGCCGGUGAAACAUCAUUCAAGUGUAAUCUCCACGUCAUCGAGAAGGAACAAGUGGUUGCACCUAAAUUUGUGGAACGAUUUACAACCACAAAUGUCAAAGAAGGAGAACCAGUAAUUUUCAGUGCAAGAGCUGUUGGUACACCAAUACCUCGUAUUAUAUGGCAAAAAGAUGGUGUACCAAUAGCACCUGGAUCAAGCGAUAUUUCCAUUAAAAUUGAUGGCAAUGGUGCAUCAACUCUCGAUAUACCAUACGCUAAAUUAUCAGAUGCCGCUUGGUAUCAGUGUACAGCUCAGAAUAUUGCUGGUUCAACAGCAACUCGUGCACGAUUAUUUGUUGAAACAUCAAAAGAAAUUCCAACCCCGGAACCAAGACGCCUGAAUUUACCUCGACCGACUAAAGUUAUCGAACCAGAACCUGCACCUGGCCCCGAAGUGAUUUACCUGAGACACGUAGAACGUGCUAAACCUCAUCUACCUCCUGCUGAACAGGACAAAAUUUAUCCACCUCCACGUUUUAUUGUUCCAUUGAAGGAUAUACAUCAGAUUGAAGGUGGGCGAAUCAACUUCGAGGCCAGAAUCGAACCGGUGGGCGACCCAACAAUGAGGGUCGAGUGGUACGUCAAUGGAAAAUCUCUGGAAGCUAGCUCCCGAGCUACAGCACUUUUCAGAUUCGGAUUUAUCUCACUGGAGUUGAUUAGUGUUCUCCUCCAAGACAGUGGUGAAUACGUUUGUCGCGUUGUUAGUGCAUCUGGCUACAUCGAAUCCCGCGCCAAUGUCAGCAUCACUGCACGUGAGACAAUCGAACAAACGAGUCAACAUCCAGAUAGUCUGCAUUACAUUCAACAGCUGGAGGAUUCCUCAAAAUACCAAAGACAGGAGAGUGUAGAAGAAGUAUCAUCCCAACGACCGGUCUUCAUCCGUCCACUCCAAAAUCUAGGAGAAUUACAGGAAGGGAAAAAUGCUCAUUUUGAAGCUCAAUUGAAUCCUGUGAGUGAUCCUACGAUGAAAGUCGAGUGGUACAAAGACGGAAAACCAAUUACAGCGAGUUCAAGAAUCACGACAAUCUUCAACUUCGGCUAUGUCUCACUGAACAUCAUGCACCUACGGGUUGAAGAUGCUGGUUCUUAUUCAGUACGAGCUGUAAAUCGUUCGGGAGAUGCAAUAAGUCAUGGAUCUCUUCGUGUCUUUGCUCGUACCAGCGUAACGAGUGAUCUUGGAAUACCUGAACAGCAGAAAUAUAUUGUAGCUACGGAGGAGCUGGAAGCUUAUCAACAAAAUUUGCAUAAAAAAUAUGUAAUGGAGCAGCCAGAAGUAACGAAUCCACCGGAAUUCAAAUCACCCAUUAAAGAUCAAAUUAAUAUUCGCGAAGGGGGAUUUUGUCAUUUUGAGGCUCGUCUAGAGCCAGUCAAUGAUCCCGAUCUUAGAGUUGAAUGGCUUAAAGAUGGUUGUCCAGUUGAAGCCAGUUCAAGAAUAACAACGUUCUUCAACUUUGGCUACGUUGCACUCACUUUGAAACACGUUACAAUCCAUGAUGUUGGUGCGUACACGUGUCGUGCUUACAACAAAGUAGGGGAAGCCCGUACCAGCGCCCAAUUGAGUGUAAUAAAUAAGAAUGACGUCAUUUACGAUAGCCAGCAUCCGCAGGGUUUGCAAAAAAUUCAAAAUCUCGAGGAUUCUAGCCGUUACUCACGCCAAGUUCGAGAAGAUACUCAGGUAAUUGAGAAGCCUCGAUUUUUGGGACCUCUGAAAGGCACAAAUAGAAUUGUCGAGGGACAGCGUGCUCAUUUUGAAGCACGUGUUGAGCCACAGAGCGAUUUAAAUAUGAAAAUUGAAUGGUAUCACAAUGGAAAACCCAUUAGUGCUGCCAAUAGAAUACAAACUUAUCACGAUUUCGGCUAUGUUGCUAUUGACAUACAUCAGGUACGUUCCGAAGAUGCUGGAAUGUACACUGUAGUGGCCAGAAAUCCAUCUGGUGAAGCUAGUCUUCAAGGAACAAUGAACGUUGAAACACGUCGUGACAUUGACACCAGUAGUUUACAUCGUGGAAUUUACGAAAAGACCCAGCGACUGGAGGAGUCGAAAUUUGUCGAGCCACAGUACAACAUUGAAGAGAUUUCCAAAUCAAAGCCCAUAUUUAUUCAACCACUGAGCGAUCCAAAACCCGUCAGCGAAGGGAAAAAUAUUCAUCUUGAGUGUCGUCUGGAGCCCAUGGGUGAUCCUACAAUGCGUGUCGAGUGGUUCCAUAAUGGACGUCAAGUCACUGUUGGUUCCAGAUUCCGAACUUAUUACGAUUUUGGCUUUGUAGCACUCGAUAUUGUUCAUGCAAUUGGAUUGGACUCUGGUGAAUACACUGUCAGAGCUACGAAUCAUCUUGGCAGUGCUCACACAUCUGCCUGUGUCAGAGUCAUCGCUAAAUCGGACAUUGUAACUGAUACGCAGAAUGAACAAUCCCUGGAGCAAAUCCACAUGUUGGAAGACAGUUCGAAAUAUCGUAGGCAUAUUCAAGAGGAUGUGACAGUUGUUCAAGCUCCUCAAUUCACCAGACCACUUCAUAAUAUUGAAACAAUAGAACUGACGAAUGUACAUCUGGAGUGUCGUCUUCAACCAGUUGGCGAUCCCUCGAUGAGAGUCGAUUGGUUCGUCAAUGGUCAAGCUGUUACCACUGGCCAUCGCUUCCGACCAGCCUACGAAUUCGAUUACGUUGCUCUUGAUAUUCUUGGAGUUUAUCCUGAAGAUUCUGGAGUCUACACCUGUCAGGCACGUAAUCAACUCGGCGAAGCUGUCACCUCCUGCUCUGUUCGCGUUCAUGCUAAACAAAAAUUGCUAUUGGACAGUCAACAUCCAGAAGGAUUGGAGAGAAUUCAGUACUUGGAGGACGCAUCUAGGUACAAGAAACGCGAUAUCAUCGAUGAGUGCGUCAAUGUGAAACCUAAAUUCAUUACUGCACCGAAGAAUCAGGAGAAUCUUCGAGAAGGUCAGCACGCACACUUUGAAUGCAAACUCGAACCAGUAACUGAUUCCAAUUUGAAGGUAGAGUGGUUCAAAAAUGGACGUCCAGUCACAAUAGGACACCGAUUCCGCCCCAUUCACGACUUUGGUUACGUAGCACUUGAUGUGAUUGACUUGAUUGCCGAGGAUUCUGGUACAUACACAUGUCGGGCGGUAAAUCUUGUUGGUAGUGAUGAAGUCACCUGUGUCCUGACUUGUCGUUCUACAGCUCAAAUUCUCACCAACACUCAAAAUGAAAUAGGACUAGAGAGAAUUCAUUAUCUCGAGGAUCGUUCAAAAUAUCGUCGUCACGAGGACAUAGAGGAGACAACAACACAAGCCCCAAUUUUCACGACAUCUCUGAAGAACGUGGAGAUCAAAGAGGGCCAACGUGCGCAUUUUGAGUGUCGACUUAUUCCCGUUUCUGAUGCAACAAUGACAGUCCAAUGGUAUCACAAUAAUGUACCUGUCAAAGCUGGUUCACGAUUCGUCGAGACGAAUAGUUUUGGAUUUGUCGCACUGGACAUCAUGUACGCUUAUCCAGAGGACUCGGGUACUUACACAUGUCGGGCGAAGAAUGCCAUCGGGGAGGCCAUGACAUCAGCAACAGCUGUUGUCCAUUCGAAGAAGUCAAUCUACAUGGAGUCCCAGCGUGAACAAGUGCUUCAACGUCUUCAACACUUGGAAGACAGUUCCAGAUAUCAGAGGAAACAAGUGCAAGAGGAGACGGUGACUCAGGCACCAGUGUUUACGAUGCCAAUAAAAGAUCUUCGAGUAGCUGAGAAUCAAGCUGCCCACUUCGAGGCACGUGUCAUACCCGUUGGUGAUUCCAGACUCAAGGUUGAGUGGCUGCGUAACGGAGUACCAAUCGAAGCUUCCAAUCGUGUUACCACAAUGCAUGACUUUGGAUAUGUUGCAUUGAACAUGAAAUACGUGAAUCCAGAAGACUCUGGUACUUACACCUGCAGAGCUGUUAAUGAUCUGGGAGAAGCUGUAACAUCUGCUACGUUGUUUGUCCAGUCCAAAGCAGCUCUUCAGCUUGAGUCACAGCAUGAAACAGCAUUAUCCAAGAUUCAGCAUCUCGAGGAUACCAGCAAAUACCAAAGGCGUGAGGAAGAGGAAGUAACAACGACCGAAAAACCUCGGUUUACAGUUAAACUCAAUGGACCAACGAAUCUGGUGGAAGGACAAAGUGCUCACUAUGAAUGUCGUAUUGAACCGUAUCCCGAUAAUACCAUGAAAGUGGAGUGGUUCCACAAUGGUAAACCCCUGUCAACUGGUCAUCGAUACAGGACAACAUGUGAUUUUGGUUUUGCAUCGUUGGAUGUCUUGACUGUUUAUCCUGAAGAUUCUGGGACAUAUACGUGUCAAGCUACGAAUAGAAACGGAACUGAGCAGAGUUCAAUUCAACUGUCAGUUAAAUCACGGGCAUCAAUCAGUCAUGAAUCUCAGCAUGAAAAUGCUCUGAAGAAAAUUCAGUAUUUGGAAGGGGAUUCACGAUACAAGCGUGUGGAUCAAGAGGAAACUGUAAUUGCUGAAAAGCCCAAAUUUGGACGACCUCUGAAGAAUAUUGAACACCUGCCUGAGGGCAAGAGUGCUCAUUUGGAGGCGACUCUGACUCCAGUUAAUGAUCCCACUAUGGUGGUCGAAUGGUAUCGAAAUGGACAACCAAUACCACAGGGCCAUAAAUUCAAAACUACUUACGAUUUUGGAUAUGUUGCAUUGGAUAUUUUGUACGCGUACCCAGAAGAUUCUGGUACUUACAUGUGUAAAGCGACGAAUGCUGUGGGAGAAGCUGUUACAACCUGUGUCAUUGGCGUUGAUUCCAAGCAAUCUCUGUAUUUAGACACUCUGGACUCUCAGAGACUGGAGAAGAUUCGACAGCUGGAGACAGUCGAGGUGAAGGAAGUUGCUGAAAAGGAAAUAAUCCAUCAGAAACCAGUUUUCUUGACAGCUUUGAAUAAUUUAGAUCACCUUAAAGAGGGUGAGCAUGCUCAUUUGGAAUGUCGAGUUGAGCCAUUGAACGAUGCUAAUUUGCGGAUAGAGUGGUUCCUUAAUGGUAUUGCGGUGAAAACUGGACAUCGUUUUCGUAAAACUCAUGAUUUUGGCUACGUCGCUCUGGAUAUUUUGUACGCAUAUGCUGAGGACUCUGGUACUUACAUGUGCAAAGCAACAAAUCUUGCUGGUGAGGCUGUUAACACGUGUACAAUUAAAGUUGGCUCUCGUCGAAAUAUUCUUUUGGAUACUCAACAUCCGGAUGGAUUGGAAAAAAUUCGUGAACUCGAGGCACAAGGACAUCCAGCUCGAUUGGAGGUAGAUGAGCCAGCACUAUCACCACCGCGAUUCGUAACAGAAUUACGUGGAACGACCCAGAUAUAUGAGGGUCAGACAGCUCAUUUUGAAUGUCAAAUUGAACCACUGCAUGAUGCUAAUUUACGCAUUGAAUUUUAUCACAAUGGAAAGCCCCUUCCUUCAGCAUCUCGUCUGCACGUGACCUUUGACUUUGGUUAUGCCGCACUGGACAUCACUCAUGCUGUACCAGAAGAUGCUGGUCAAUACUCGGUUCGUGCGAUCAAUGCUUUGGGUCAGUGUGAGUCAUCAAUCUCGCUGGUUGUCAUUCCACGAGAUGGUAUCAUUCAAGAUUCCCAAAGGCCAGAGGGUCUGGAGAAGAUUCGCGAAUUAGAAUCACAUGAGCCCUGGAAGAGACCUGAAGUAGCGGAUGCUAUUACCAGACAACGACCUGUGUUUACACAGCCGCUGCAAAAUAUUGAUAAAAUAAUGGAGAGUCAGACAGCUCAUUUCGAGUGUCGGUUGAUACCAGUGGGUGAUGCAUCACUCAAAGUAGAAUGGUUUAAAGAUGAAAAACCGCUCCAGGAUAGCUCGCGAAUUACAAGAGUCCAUGAUUUUGGAUUCGUUUCGCUGGAUAUUGGACACGUGCGAGACGAAGAUGAAGGAAUUUACAUGUGUCGUGCGUCUAAUCCACUCGGUGAAGCAGUUACAACAGCUUCCCUGAAAAUUCAAAGCAAAGCUAAUAUAUUGUUAGAUACACAGCAUCCCGAAGCACAAAGAAAAAUAGCUCAACUCGAAGCUGGCAAGCCAACGCGACCUGAUGAACCUGACAGGACAUUCGACAAGCCUAUUUUCACACAAUUAUUAACUGGUCCCAAUGAACUGUGGGAAGGACAAAUGGCACAUUAUGAAUGUCGUGUUGUCCCCGUUGGUGAUCCCAAUCUUCGAUUUGAAUGGUACAUCAACGGUGUGGAACUCAAGAUGGGCUCGCGUUUCCAUAUGAAUCAUGACUUUGGUUUUGUAACACUGGACAUUUCAUCCGUCAUAUCUGAGGAUUCAGGAGUAUAUUCCUGCAAAGCCAUUAACAAUUCUGGUGAGGCAGUCUCUUCGAUAUCCCUCAAGGUGAAAGCCAAAUCUGCCAUUGACAAGGACUCGAUUCAGCCCGAUGCCUGGCAGAAGAUACAACUCAAGGAAGCAGAGAUGAACAAAGUUCCAGAAAUGUUUAUCGACACAACUCCCCAACAGGCACCAGUAUUCACAACUCAUCUGAAGAGUUAUGAUAAAUUGCAGGAGGGCCAGCACGUAUAUCUCGAGGCACAAAUUGAACCACGUGCCGAUCCUCAUUUACGAACUGAAUGGUUUAAGAAUGGAAUUUCCCUUCAAACUGGAACUAGGUUACGUAGCACAUUUGAUUUUGGUUUGGUGACACUUUCUAUCAAUGGAUUGAGAGCUGAUGAUUCAGCAAUUUACACGUGCAGAGCAACGAAUCUGCUUGGAGAAGCGGUGUCAACUUGCAGUUUGAAAAUUGAUGAUCGUCAUUGGCUGUUGGGUGACAGUCUUCAUCCAGAUGCUCUUGAAAAAAUUAGUAAAUUGGAAGAGCCAGUGGUGGGAGCUGCUGAACAAUCUGAACCAGUUUAUGAAGAGCCGGUAUUCAUCACUCACUUGAAUAAUGUUGAAUGUACAGAGGGGGAUAAUGUUCACUUUGAAUGCAACGUCGAACCUUCGAAGGAUCCAACAAUGAAAAUUGAAUGGUUCAUCAAUGGCAAACCCAUACCAACUGGUGCUAGAUUCAAAUCAACAUAUGAUUUUGGGUACGUUGCACUGGACAUCAAUCACACCUAUGAAGAGGAUUCAGGUGUUGUCACGGUGAAAGCCACCAACUCCAAGGGCUCUGCAUUGACAACAGGAACGUUGAAGUGCACGAGUAAACAAAAUAUUUAUCUGCAGACUCAGCAUCCUCAAGGGGAAGCAGGUUUAGAAAAAAUUCAGGAGACUGAUGAAGCCCUGCGAAAUAAAUCUAGACGACCUGACGACGCUCCUGAUCAUGAAUUCGGUAAGCCCAUUUGGACAGUACCAUUGCAACCAGAAUUCAAGCUCAGUGAGACUGAAGCUCUACAUCUGGAGGGUCAAGUGGAACCAAAAGACGAUCCAAAUCUUAAAAUUGAAUGGUACUUCAACGGCAAAGCAUUAGCGCAUGGUACACGAUAUAAAAUGACAAGUGACUUUGGCUUCGUCACUCUAGAUGUCUGCGAUGUUUAUGAACGUGAUACGGGAAUUUACACGUGCAAAGCGUACAAUAAAUCCGGCGAGGCCUUUACAUCAACGACGGUAUUUUGCUCUAGUAAAGAGAAUAUUAUUGAAAAAUCACAGCAUCCCAAAGGUAAAGAGGGACUCGAAGCCAUUCAGGAUCUUGAAGAAUCUCUCAAGAGACAGGAGAAAAAGCCAGCAGAUGUUGAUGAUGGUCAUCCACCAGUUUUCACAUCGCAGUUUGAAAAUCUUAUGAACUUAUCCGAAGGAGAAAUCGCCCACUUCGAAGCGUCCCUGACACCAACAGGUGAUCAGACGAUGAAAGUCGAGUGGUUCUACAAUGGUAAAUCACUGGAAGCCAGCCACAGAACCAGAACAGUAUAUGCCUUUGGCAUGGUUGUCCUAGAAGUCCUUGGCACAAAGAUCGAUGAUUCAGGAAUUUACUCGUGUCGUGCCACCAACAAAUGGGGAACCGCUGAAAUAUCCGUUGAAUUGGAGUGCGUUGAUAAAUUCAAAGGACAAAAACCGAAGUUCACAACCCACAUACAGAGUCUUGAGGGACUAAAAGACGGACAAUCUGUUCACUUCGAGUGUACGUUGAUACCAGUUGGUGAUCCCAACAUGAAGGUCGAAUGGUUCCACAAUGGCAAGCCCUUACGUCACUCAUCCCGUUUCAAAAUGGUCUCUGAUUUUGGUUUUGUCGUGAUGGAUAUCGCUGGGGUUAUGUCGCACGACAGCGGGGAAUAUGUGUGCAAAGCUAGCAACAAAUUUGGUGAAGACUUUACCAAAGCUACCAUCAAGUGCUUCGGUAAGAGCGGGGUUUACUUGGACUCACUGCAGCCAGACUCUUUGGCGAAAAUUCGGGAGCUUGAAGCAUACAGUGGUGAUCAAGCUCAUGUUACCACCGCACCAAGUACAGAGCCACCGAAGUUCAUCACUCACAUAAAGGACAUUACGAAGCUUGUUGAGGGACAAUCUGCUCACUUCGAAGCUCGUUUAACUCCAGUCACCGAUCCAGAUCUGCGAGUUGAUUGGUACUAUAAUGGUAAAAAAUUACCACAUGGACAUCGUUACAGAACUUUCCACGAUUUUGGUAUUGUCAUUCUCGAUAUUCUCUACUGCUACGAAGAGAAUUCUGGUGUUUACGAAUGCCGAGCAGUCAAUAAAUACGGCGAAGAUGUGACAAAGGCAACACUAACAUGUCAAUCUAAAACAAAUUUGAUUCUCGAUUCCCAGUUGCCAAGAGGUAUGGAAAAAGGACUGGAGAAGAUUCAAAAUCUUGAAGAUUCAUUGGUGAAAACAAAGGACGAAAAAGUAAGUGAGGAGCGAGGAAAGGCACCAGUAUUCGUUGUCCCCCUGAGUAAUAUUGAUGGAUUACGUGAGGGUGAAAGCUCUCACUUUGAAGCUCGUUUAACUCCAACUGAUGAUCCAAAACUCAAAGUCGAGUGGUUUUGGAAUGGCAAACCCCUCAGGACAGGAUCGCGUUUCCGUACAUUCUGUGAUUUUGGUUUUGUCAUUCUCGAAAUAUCACCAAUUUAUCCUGAGGAUUCGGGUGAAUACAGUUGUCGUGCUAUUAAUGACUACGGUGAGGCAGUGACAACUUGUACCAUGAAAUGUACUGGCAAACGAUCAAUUAUCCUUGAAUCACAGCUACCAAAAGGAAUGGAGGGAACGAUUGAUAAAAUCGCUGAACUGGAGGGUCUUGGAAGUGAGUUGGAUCAGACAAUACCCGAUGACGACACUGGUAGACCACCAGAAUUUAUAACAACUCCCUCUGACUUGACCUUGAGUGAAAAUUCCCUGGCGCAUUUCGAAUGUAAAUUACUACCAAUCAAUGAUUCAAGUAUGCGAGUAGAAUGGUACCACAAUGGAAAGCCCCUCAAUGCAGGAACUAGAAUCAAGACAAUACAUGAUUUUGGUUUUGUCAUUUUGGAAGUAUCCAACUGUUAUCAGCGUGAUUCUGGCUUGUACACGUGCAAAGCAACUAAUCGUCAUGGUGAAUCAACAGUUUCCUGCAAGCUCCAGGUACGUGGACGUCAAGGCAUCAUUCUGGAGCCUCAACUGCCAUCAAAUUUCAAGACUGGCACUGAAAGUAUCCAAAAGCUUGAGGAAGCUCUUUACAAAAAGGACGAAUUGAUAACUGAAGAAGACACUCCCAAUCCUCCCAGAUUUAUUGUUGAAUUGAAAGAUAUUGAAGUUGAAGAGUCAGCACCGAGUCACUUUGACUGUAGAGUGGAACCAGUGGGUGAUCCAACAAUGAGAAUUGAUUGGUUCCACAAUGGCAGGCCAUUUGCCACAGGUUCUCGUGUUCACCAAAUCAACGAUUUUGGAUUCAUAUCUCUGGAUUUAUCGUACACCUAUGCCAGAGACAGUGGAGAGUAUGUCUGCCGUGCAACAAAUAAAUGGGGAUCAGUAAAGACAACAGCUUCUAUCACCUGCAAAUCCAAAAAGACCAUUGAUUUUGAUUCGCAACUGCCCUCUGGAAUGAGCAGUGAAAAGCUCAAGGAAUUAGAACGAGGACCAGUUAGCGAGCCUUUACCUGUUGAGGAAUUACCCCGGGUACCACCGAAAUUCAUCACUCAUAUUCAAUCAGUUACCGUUGAAGAAUCAGAGCCCGUGCGAUUCGAAUGUCGUGUGGAGCCCAAGGAAGAUCCAACUUUGCGGAUUGAGUGGUUCAGAAAUGGCAAACAAAUACCUGCUGGCCAUCGUUACAGAGCUAUUUACGACAUGGGAUUCGUGUCAAUGGACAUUCUCUACGUUUACCCAGAAGAUUCAGGGGAAUAUGUUUGCAAAGCCAUCAACGAUUGGGGAGAAGAUAUCACCAAAGCGUCGGUAUCAUGUAAAACUCUGCCCAAUAUUAUUCUCCAGAAUCAGGUGCCAAAGGGCAUGAAAAAAUCAGAAGCUCUCAUGCAAAUGGAGGCGACUAUCAAAAAAUAUACAUCAGAAGUUCAUUUAACUGAGGAUGAUCUCUAUGAUUCCGAGAAAAAACAACCACCACGCUUUGUCACACAAAUUCAGAAUCAAACUGAACUCGUGGAAAUGAACAGUACAAAGUUUGAAUGUCAGUUGGCUCCAGUUGGUGAUCCCAAUAUGAAAGUGGAAUGGUUCUUUAAUGGUAAACCAUUACCACAUAAAAAUCGUUUUUCACCGAUUUAUGAUUUCGGUUACGUCGCUAUGAACUUUGGGUGGGUUUAUCCAGAAGACAGUGGUGAAUAUUUAUGCAGAGCAACAAAUUUAUAUGGAAUGGAUGAGACGAGGGCUAUUAUUAAGACAUCUGGAAAGCCAGGAAUUAUUUAUGAUUCUCAAUUGCCAAAGGGAAUGAAGAGUAUCGAAAAAAUUCGAGAAAUGGAGUCCGCCUGGCAGGUGGCUCCUGAACAGGAAAUUGAAGAAGAGAAGCCCAAAGCUGCCCCAGUAUUUGUCAGCAAGCCUGAACCAGUUCAAGUUGAAGAGAGUGAUUGUUCUAGAUUCUGCUGUCGUGUUACUGGACAUCCUAAACCGAGAGUUAUGUGGUUAAUUAAUGGUCACACUGUUAUCAAUGGAUCACGUUAUAAACUCAUUUAUGAUGGAAUGUAUCAUCUGGACAUCCCAAAAACACGUCAGUACGAUCAUGGAAAAAUCGAAGUUGUGGCGAGAAAUUCACUCGGUGAGACCCGAUGUGAAACAACUUUGACUGUCAAGCCUCGAAGUGAUGAUUACAGGGGGGUUCUCAAAAAUUCACCGAGACCAUGGUACGAUAUUGAGCACACUCAGUAUCAAUCAGAGCGAACCAAUACGGAACUGGAGAGAGUUUUUGAUGAACGUCAUCAGAACAUGGCACAAAAUGUUGGAAUAAAUACGGAUCAUCUGAAUCAGAAAGUCUUCAAACAAGAGGACACUGAUUGGCAGAAAAAUGUCAAAACAAUGAGAAAGGAAGAUUAUUAUAAUAAAUUGAUGAAUCUCGAAGAAGAACAGCUUUUGAAAGAAGCUCGACUGAGAGAAGCCACUCAUCAAUUUGCAAUUCCUGGAGAGAAAGUCAUCAACAGUUCAAUAGCUAAGGGAAUGGCUCAACAGUAUCAGGAGAACUUGAAAACUGAGAGUAAGGACGUCACCGCGUCCACUGUCAGCAUGAAAAAGCCGUACGUAACGGAGAUUGACAUUGACAAUCAAAGGCUUCAGGGGCCUGGCAAACAUCCUCCAGGACCCACCGAAUCAGCAGUUCAUGGCCGUGAAGUGCACAUCGCCAAGCAGAAACAAACGCAGAAGGAGGUGAAAGGUGAUACUGAGAUAACUCGUAAAAUAACAGCUACUGAAACCACAGAAGUUGAACACAAAGCAACAACUCAAGAGCGAAUUGUUGAGGGACCCGUUUUACCAUCAAAUCCUCCAGUAUUCACCAAGAAAAUCCAGCCCUGUCGUGCAUUUGAACAAGAGCAAGCGCGCUUCGAGGUGGAAUUCGAUGGUGAUCCACUGCCUAAAAUCCAGUGGUAUCGAGAGGACUUUCCAAUAAAAAAUUCCGCAGAUCUUCAGAUUUACACAUUCAGUACAAAAUCAGUGCUCAUCAUUCGUCAAGUCUUUAUGGAAGACUCUGGUGUAUUUUCUGCUAUCGCGGAAAAUCGUGGUGGUAAAGCCAAAUGCAGUGCUAAUCUUGUUGUUGAAGAACGUAGAAGACAACCUGGUAGAGGUGGGACUAUUCCACCAAGUUUUGUCACGACUAUUCAAAGUACAUCUGUGACAAUGGGACAACUCGCCAGAUUCGAUGCAAAAAUAACUGGAACAAAACCCAUGGAUGUCUAUUGGCUGAAGAAUGGAAAGAAAGUUGUCACCGACAUUCGAUAUAAAACCUUGGAGGAAGACAAUACCUACACACUUCUUAUCCUGGAAACGACAACCGAAGACAACGGAAAGUACGAGUGUGUAGCAAUAAAUCGUGCUGGUGAGGCACGUUGUGAGGCUGAAUGCACAGUGCGAGGAUUAAAACCUUCUGUCACUAAACCCUCGAAAGCGACGAGCCCUCAAGUGGAGAAAGCACCGGGUGUUGUCGAGCCCCUGAAAGAUCAAGUUAUCAAGGAAGGGGCCUCUGUUGCUUUCACCUGUAAAAUCAAUGGAAAACCGAGUCCCACGGUGCAGUGGAAAAAGGGAGAUAAAAUUAUAAAGCCCUCGAAGUAUUUCCAAAUGCUGAAAGAAGGCGAUCAAUGCACUCUGAGAAUUUCGGAAGCUUUCCCGGAGGAUGAGGGCGUCUAUAAAUGCGUUGCGAAGAAUUCCGCUGGAGAUGCUAGUACAUCAGCUAAUCUUCGUGUCUUACCGCCGGAAAGUCCAGAUCUCCUUCCGAAAUUAACGCCCCUGAAGGAUCAGAUUGUAUCGGAAGGACAACCAGCUCAGUUCAAAACCCAGAUCAUUCAUCCAAAAUUAAAGCCAACAAUUCAAUGGUAUCGCGAAGGAUUAUUAAUUCCCCAGUCGCCAGAUUUUCAGAUGAUUCAUGAAGGUAAUAAUGCUGUCCUACUGAUAGCUACAACUUAUGAGGAAGAUUCUGGUACCUUCACGUGUCGCGCUACUACUUCCGUUGGUACAGUGGAAACUUCAGCGAGGCUGGUUGUAAAAAAACGACCCGGCGUUGGAUAUGAGACACCAACACCAGCAGACAGUCAUCCUCACGUACCAGCACCAAAACUACCUGGAACUAAAUCAUCAACAACUGAACUCCAGAAGCUCCAAGACAUAACUCAGGAAAAAGUCGAUAAAUUCGAUACUCAGGGUCAUCCACGUGUGUCUGCACUUCCAUCAGGGGAUGAGUCAUUGCCCUGGCGAACCGGUAGGGUAAAGCAUCGUCCAAAAUCAAGUACUGAACAUCCUUGGCGAAGUGGUAGAUCUCAGCCCACAGAUAAAAUUCUGAAAACAAUUGAUACUGUCAGCGUUGACGAGAGAAUCGGAGUGAAGUCCUGGGUUGAAGAAGAAAUAACAUUGAAAAAAAUCCCCAAGUCGACGGACAAAGUACCAAGUGUCACCCAAGAUGAGGAUUUCGUUGACAAGAGUUCUCAAUCAGAAACAUCGAUAUCAAGGAAGAAAGAGUUUACUAAAAAAAUUAAACCGUGGACAGAGGAGCAAGUGGAGCUGAAAAAAAUUCCUUCGACAAUUAAGAAGUCACCUAAGGAGUCUCUUGAGAGAGUCCAACUUAAACCAUUCACCAAAAAAAUUGACGAAGCCCAGAAGAGCUUGAAGACAAUUGAAUUACGAAAGACUUCUCUGGAAUCUGUUGUGGAGCACAGUUCAACAUCAGAAUUUUACGAGGAAGAUGAUUCAUCUCUGUUGGAAAUUUCUGAUAUUUCAGAGGACAUUUCAAUUGUUAAGAAGAAGAAAUUACCUUUAACCCCUAAAACUGUUUCUCAAACCACAGAUCAGUGUAAACCGUGGACAGAAGAAAACAUACGAUUGAAAAAGUCCAUCCCCAUCAAACGAGAAAGAAUCAAAGAGGGUCUUCCAUCGGUGGAGCUUCAACCCGUUAAAGUUCCAGUGAAAUCUCCUCAAGUAUCAGAACCUCUUACUGCUUCGACAUUUACAACUGAAGAAGAUACUUCGAGACUUGACAUUUCUGAGAGAUCCAGUGUCCAAAUUACCCCACACAAACCAGAGGCUCCCAAGCCAUGGAUAGAGGAGAAUAUCAGUCUCAAACAACGUCAACGUGUGAAAAAAUCAAAGGUGAAGGAGACUUCGGAUGUUCUUCCAACAAAACAAACUACUACUGAACGAGUAGAAUCAACUGAUCGAGAAAUAAUUGUUGAAAAGACUGAUAAAAUAGCUAGACAACCGUAUCAAGAAACAGGGGACACGUCCAUCCUUCACAGACGUGAAAUUACUGACGUCAGUGAAAAAACACCUCUUACCGAACAAGAGUCUGCUGUCCCUUGGUUACGUGGUAAAAAGCACCUGAAAGUAGUCCACCCUCAGAGCAUUAAACAAGCAGAUGACGUAGUGGAAGGUGUUGAUCAAAUACCCGAACGUCCUAAAGCCGUAAAAGUACUUCCAUCCAAAACAGACGACGAACCCUUGAAGAUUCUAGAAGAUAAAACACCGGAGAUUAUUGAUCAGACUAAAAUCACGGUAGAAAAGAAAAGGAAAACUGUAGCCAAGCAAAUCAUCUCUAAAGAUAUCGAAGAAGAUCUUGAUGAAAGUAAUAAAAAUAUAUCAACGAUUCCCUGGCUUCGGAAAACUACUACCAAAAAGGUUCAAGAAAAAGAGGUUAUUGAUCUCCAUGUGAAAAGAGAAGAUGACAAACGCGAUGAAAUUCCUUCUCCAAAAACCGUUUCGAAGACAAUUAAACCAAUUAAGGAUUCGCCAGUCUCUACUGAAAAGUUGACGGAGCAGCAAGUUCUCCUUGAGCAGGAAGAUACGAAGGAAAUAUCUUCCAGUACCUGGCGUCCAAAAACAACUACGAAGAAAGUUCAACAGAAAAUAUCUGUGGAAACAGUGGAAAAGGUGGAAAAGCCCGAGGACGUAAGUAAAAAAGAAACGACUGAUUCACCUCGUCCUCGUCAGCCCAAAACAGAAUCCACUUCACUGAUAACACGUCCGGAAAAAACAUUCCCGGAGUCCAAGAAAAAAGAUACUGAGAUCGUUGAAGCUGAGAAACCUGAAGCACCUGCAUUGCAGCCCAAGGAAGCACCAAAGGAUCUUGAAUCAACAGAUAAAAGUGAAGUAGCUUCAUUUCCCUGGCGUCGAAAGCCUGUGCCCAAGAAAGCGGAAAAGAAAGUUCCUGUGGAGACUUCCCCAGAAGAAGAGACAAAGGAAAGAAAGGAAGAAAUAUCUGAGGUAACUUGGCGUCGGAAACCUCAACCAGAAACUACUUCAGUGACAAUAGUUCCUGAAAAAACUCCUCAGGAUGUAAAGAAAAAAGAUGUUAAGUUGAUUAAAACCGUAGAUUCAGAGUCACCAAGUCCUAAACCAACUAAAGAUGUAAAACCAUCAGCACAGCAGGUCGACGAAGCUGAAGAGAUUCUUGAACCAAAAGAUGAAAGUCAAACGUCUACAACUCCCUGGCUCCGGAAGCUUCCAAGCAAGAAAGUUCAAAAGGUAGUUUCAGUUGAUGUUCUUCAAGAACGUGAAGAAAGGAGCGAGAAAGAAACUUCGGAGAUCACUCGCGGUCGCAAACCUCAAACCCAAAGUACUUCAGUGACAAAGGUUCCUGAUAAAACUCCUCAGGAUAUUAAGAAGAAGCAUACUGAAGUAAUUCAGACUGUAGAUUCAACAUUGUUGACUAUUGAAUCAACUGAAGACAUACAAUCAGCUCCAAAACAGUUGCGUGAAGAACCAGCACAUCUUGAACCAAAAGAUGACAGUGAAAUAUCGUCGUCUUCAUGGCGCCGGAAGCCUGCAAUGAAGAAACUUCCUGUUGAUACUUCCCCAGAAGUUGAAGAAAAGAAAAGCAAGGAAGAAGUCUCUACCGUAGCUUGGCGUCGUAAACCUAAACCGGAGACCACUUCGGUGACAAUAGUUCCCGAGAAAACUCCUCAGGAUACAAAGAAAAAAGAUGUUGUUGAACAGCCCAAAGAUUUACAACCAGCUGCACAACCGUUAGAUGAACAUCCAGAGCUUCUUAAACCAAAAGAUGAAAGUGAAAUAUCGUCGCCUUCCUGGCGUCGGAAACCUGGCCCCAAGAAAGUUGAAAAGAAAAUUCUUCCUGUCGACACUUCUCCAGAAAAGGAAGAAAAGGAAGUCAAGAAGACCUCUAAAGUCACUGUGCAUCGCAAAUCUGAAUCAGAGACUACCUCAAUGACAAUAGUUCCAGAAAAAAUUUCUCAGGAUGUAGAGGACAUACGCACUGAAAUAAUCAAAACUGUCGAUUCAGACACAUCAAUUGUAGAAUCGACUAAGGAUGUCCAACCAACUCCACAAGAGUUAUAUGAACAGCCAAAACCCCUUAAACCAGAAGAGAAAAGUGAAAUAUCUUCAACUCCUUGGGCUCGAAAACCUGGCCCAAAGAAAGUUCAAAAGAAAGUUACUGUCGAGACUUCCCCAGAAGAAGAGAAAGAGGAAAUCAAGGAAGAAAUAUCUAGUGUAACUUGGCGUCGAAAACCUCAACCAGAAACUACGUCAGUGACGAUAGUUCCCCAGAAAACUCCUCAGGACACAAAGAAAGAUGUUAAGACGAUUGAACCCGUAGAUUCAGCCACAUCAAUCGUAGAACCGACUAAGGAUUUACAACCAACUCCACAACCGUUAGAUAAACAGCCAGAAACUCUUAAACCAGAAGAUGAAACCGAACUAUCGUCAUCUCCUUGGCGUCGAAAACCCGGCCCCAAGAAAGUUCAAAAGAAAAUUGCUGUUGAUGAUACCCUAGUAAGUGAAGAAAAGGAAACUAAGGAAGAAAUUUCUCGUGUAGCCUGGCGUCGUAAACCUGAACCGACUGAAACUACUUCAGUGACAAUAGUCCAGGAAGAAGUCAAGAAAACGACUGAGGACACAAAGAAGAAAGAUUCUAAGGUGAUUAAAAUCCCGGAUACACCUGCACAACAGCCAGAGGAACGACCAGAGUCUCCUAAACCGCAAGAUGAAAGCGAUAUAUCGUCGUCUUCCUGGCGUCGGAAACCUGGUCCCAAGAAAGUUCAGAAGAAAGUUGCCUUUGAUACUUCCCCAGAAAGAGAAAAAGAUAUCUCUGCUAUAGUUGUGCCUCGUAAACCUAAACCCCAAACUUCUUCAGUGACAAUAGUUCCGGAACCAACACCUCAGGAAAAAGAGGAAAUAAAGGCUGAGGUAACUGAAAGUGUCAUUUCCGACUCGUUAGUUGUUGAAUCAACUACUACUGAAUUGAAAGUAGUUGCACAGCGCGCAGAUGAAGGGCCAGAGGAUCGUGAAUCAAAAGAUGAUGAUAAAAUAUCGUCAUCCCCCUGGCGUCGUAAACCUGGCCCUAAGAAAGUGCAAAAGAAAGUUACUAUUGAUACUUCCCCAGAAGAAGAGACAAAGGAAAGCGAGAAAGAAGUCUCAACCGUAGCUUGGCGUCGUAAACCUCAACCCGAAAUUACGUCAGUGACAAUAGUUCCUGAGAAAACUCCUCAGGAUGUACAAAAGAAAGAAACUAAAGUCAUUGAGACUGUUGAUUCAGAUACUUCAAUUGUAGAAGCGACUAAGGAUGUCCAACCAACUCCCCAAGAGUUGGAUGAACAGCCAAAACCUCUUAAACCAGAAGAGAAGAGUGAAAUAUCUUCAACUCCUUGGGCUCGAAAACCUGGCCCCAAGAAAGUUCAAAAGAAAGUUGUUGUGGAUACUGCUCCAAAAGAUGAAGAAAAGGAAACGGAGAAAGAAGUCUCAACCGUAGCAUGGCGUCGUAAACCUCAACCUGAAACUACAUCAGUGACAAUAGUUCCUGAGACAACUCCUCAGGAUGUACAAAAGAAAGAAACUAAAGUCAUUGAGAUUGUUGAUUCAGAUACUUCAAUUGUAGAAGCGACUAAGGAUGUCCAACCAACUCCACAAGAGUUGGAUGAACAGCCCAAACCUCUUAAACCAGAAGAGAAGAGUGAAAUAUCUUCGACUCCUUGGGCUCGAACACCUGGUCCCAAGAAGGUUCAAAAGAAAAUUGCUGUUGAUACUUCUCCAGAAGAUGAAGAAAAGGAAACGGAGAAAGAAGUCUCUACCGUAGCUUGGCGUCGUAAACCUCAACCUGGAACUACAUCAGUGACAAUAGUUCCCGAAAUAACUUCAAAGGAUGUACAAAAGAAAGAAACUCAAGUCAUUACGACUGUCGAUUCAGAGACAUCAAUUGUAGAAUCGACUAAGGAUGUCCAACCAACUCCACAACAGUUAGAUGAACAGCCAAAACCCCUUAAACCAGAAGAGAAGAGUGAAUUAUCUUCAACUCCUUGGGCUCGAAAACCUGGCCCCAAGAAAGUUCAAAAGAAAGUUACUGUCGAGACUUCUCCAGAAGAAGAGAAAGAGGAAAUUAAGGAAGAAAUAUCUAGUGUAACUUGGCGUCGUAAACCUCAACCAGAAACUACAUCAGUGACAAUAGUUCCUGAGAAAACUCCUCAGGAUGAACAAAAGCAAGAAACUGAAAUCAUUACGACUGUCGAUUCAGAGACAUCAAUUGUAGAAUCAACUAAGGAUGUCCAACCAACUCCACAAGAGUUAGAUGAACAGCCAAAACCCCUUAAACCAGAAGAGAAGAAUGAAAUAUCUUCAACUCCUUGGGCUCGAAAACCUGGCCCCAAGAAAGUUCAAAAGAAAGUUACUGUCGAGACUUCCCCAGAAGAAGAGAAAGAGGAAAUCAAGGAAGAAAUAUCUAGUGUAACUUGGCGUCGUAAACCUCAACCAGAAACUACGUCAGUGACGAUAGUUCCCCAGAAAACUCCUCAGGACACAAAGAAAGAUGUUAAGACAAUUGAACCCGUAGAUUCAGACACAUCAAUCGUAGAACCGACUAAGGAUGUCCAACCAAUUCCACAACAGUUGGAUGAACAGCCAGAGUCUAUUAAACCGGAAGAUGAAACCGAAAUAUCGUCAUCUCCCUGGCGUCGAAAGCCUGCCAUCAAAAAGAUUCCAAAGAAAGUUUCUGACAUCUCCCAAGAAAGUGAAGAAAAAGAAAGCGAAACAGAAAUUCGUGAAAUAACUCUGCAUCAUAAAUCUGAAGUACAGACUACCUCAAUAACACCGGUUCCCGAAAAAGCUCCUCAGGACACUGAGAAGAGUGAUGCUACAAUCAUUAAAACAUCAGACUUGAUAAUUCCUCAAACAACUGAAGACCUGCAACCAUCGACGCCGCAGUUAGUUGAACCAUCAGAACAACCUGCACCCCAAGAAGACAGUAAAUUAUCUUCAUCUUCGUGGCGCCGAAAGCCUGGCCCCAAAAAAGUUGAUAAGAAAAUUCCUGUCGACACGUUCCCAGAAAGUGAAGAAAAGGAAGACGAAACAGAGGUCACUAAAGUAUCCUGGCGUCGUAAGGUUGAAACCCACACUACUUCAAUGAAGGUCGUUCCCGAGACACUUUCAGAGGACACGAAGGAGAAGGGACCGGAAAUCAUUGAAGUUGAGGAGUCAACCGUAACAAUCAGCGAGACUGUUCAAGAUCUUCAACCUUCUGUCAAGCAGUUAACUGACGACCAAGUGCCAAUCAGCUUUGAAGAAGUCAUUCCUGAGAAAUUGGUUGAGACUGUCGAGGAAGAUACGACUGAGGUAGUGAAAACUCAGGACUCAGUUGCACCAAUUAUGGAACCAAUUGAAGAUAUCGAAAGACCUGAAAGUGAAAUAUCUUCAUCUCCCUGGCGUCGGAAACCUGGAACUAAGAAAGUUCAGAAAAAGCUUCCAAUUGAAACUCCUUCAGAGACUGAAGAGACGGUACGUCAAAGAGAAAUCACAGAAGUGAAAAUAGUUUCGAAAAAAUCGCUUCCUGAGACACCCAAAAAAGCCACUGAGUUGAUCGACGAUCAGCCUCUGGAAAUCACGUCUCCUAAAUCAGUUGAACCCUUUGAAAGGCCUCUGGAAGACACUAUCAAGGAGAUCUCUCCAUCGGUAACAGUGUCUAAACAGGAGACUAGAGUUUCACAGAAAACCGAAACUCUAUCGAUUGAGAUUCCAUCAUCCGAAAGUGUAGAAAUUGUUGAAGAGGAACUCAAAACUGAUUCAUUCGAAUUAAAAGUGAAGCCAAAGAAACCCAAAAAGGCAGUGAAUUUCCGAGGAGAAGUCGAAAUAGUUCCUAUCGAUCAAGAUGAAGAGAUCGAUCAAGUCGAGAUAUCUGAUGAGAAACUGAAAAUGAGAAAACCAGCUGCAAUAAAAAAAUCUAUCAAACGAAUUGAUAAGAUUACGAUGGAAGAAAGUGCGGAAAUACUUCCACAUGACUCCGAAGUAUCCGAAUACAAAAUUUCAGAAGUUACCGAGGAUGAAGCUACUCUUCGUGAUCUACCAAAAGAAAGUAAAGAUGAUUUGCAGGUGUCUAUUAUUCAAGAUGUAGAUUCACGUGAAAUUGUUCACGACGAGGUUCAAACGGUGAAACUUAAAAGGAAGCAAAUGCCAACCAUUGACAAAGAUAAGAAAGUGGCCCCUAGAUUCAUUCAGAAGUUGCAGCCAGUUAUUGUAGAAUCAGAAAAACCAGCCAAGUUCCUGUGCACCGUUAUUGGUCAACCUACUCCGGAAAUUACUUGGUAUAAAAAUGAACAGGAGCUUCACGCGUCUGAAAGAUACGAAAUGACAAUAGUAGAAACAACUGCUAUACUCGUGAUAACUAAACCCACUGAAGAAGAUGUUGGGAUGUACACAUGCAGAGCGUCAAAUCCUGCUGGUGUUGCAACAUCCACAGUGAACCUUGUCAUUUUGGAAAAAGAAGAGGAAGGAGUGUCUCCACAAUUCAUUGUCCCAAUAAAACCACAAGUCAUCGAAGAAGACGAUGUCGCGACAUUUGAAUGCACUGUCAUUGGAAAACCAGUCCCCGAAGUUAGAUGGUAUCGUGGUGAAGACGAAAUAAAACCAACACAGACGACUGAAAUGACAUUCAAUCCUGAAACCGGUCACGCAAAACUGACUGUCUUGAAACCAGUAACAGAAGAAACAAAGAUUUUUCGAGUUCGGGCAAUCAACAAAUUUGGAAAAGCCGAGUGUCGAGCAAAUUUGGUCCUCAGAAAAACAGCUGUUACAUCUCAGCCUGAAGUACUGUUUGCACCAAAGAUAACGAGACCACUUCCAGCUUCUGUUGCCGAGGAAGGUCAAUCUCUAUUAUUAGUCGCCGAAUUUGAAGGUAAACCAAAACCAGAAAUCAAGUGGUACAAAAACGGACUCGAGAUAAAACCAUCCAAAAAACAAACUAUGAAAAUACACGAGGACAGAACCGAACUUUUGAUAUCUGAUAUCACCAAGAAAGACUCCGGCAAAUACGAAGUCAGAAUUGAAAAUCCACUUGGAGAAGCCAAAAGUAGUGGAUCUGUAACAGUAAAAGAAUUAGAAGAAGUUCCAGUUGCUUCUGAAGAUAAACCUCAAGCGCCAUAUUUUACAACACCGAUUCAACCCCAGAAUGCAACAAUUGAUCAAGUAGUGAUCACCGAGGCUGUCGUUGAUUCCUAUCCUUUGGCAUCAUUCCAAUGGUUCCAUGGAAAUAAUCCCCUGGAAAGCUCUCCACAACUGAGGAUAACGACAAAAGACAAUCGUUCGAUACUUCUGAUCAAGAAGAUGACCCCCCAAUAUGCUGGUGCAUAUACUUGCAGAGCUGAAAAUGUAGCUGGUUCUGUAACGUGCACUGCCAAUGUCAAUUUACUAGAAACCACAUGGGACGAGUCUCUAGAAAUGACUUCACCAACGUUUGUCAAACGAUUAUCACCCAUUCGAGUGAUGGACGGUGAGGGGGUUGAUUUCUCAUGCGUUUUGAAGGGAAAACCAACGCCCAAGAUUCAGUGGUUCCACAAUGAAAAGCCCAUUGAAGAGGCCAAAAGCAUCACUAUCACUCAAGAUACUGAAGGCGUCUGUAGCCUUACGAUUGCCGAAGUCUUUCCGGAAGAUGCUGGUGAAUAUACUUGUCAAGCUGUCAAUCCCCUCGGCGAGGCGUUGUCAAUUACAACACUUAUUGUUGACGCAUAUGAGUACGUUCCAGACUCCGAGAUUGCAUCAUCGGCGAACGCCACAUCUCUCAUAGCGGGGCAAAGUGGCUCCGAAGAAGAUCUUCUGUUGCCAAAGGAAACUUCGGUGGAAGUUCACGUCGAUGAAUCACCACCACAAAUUGUUCGAGAGCUUCCCAAACUAAUAACUUCCAAAGAUGGUGAACUGAUUAGAUUGGAAGUCAAGGUAACUGGCAAACCCAAACCUACGGGCAAGUGGUACAAAGAAGGUGUUCAGAUAUUGCCUUCCGAUGAAUUCGAAAUUGAAGAAUUUGAGGAUGGCAGUUCAAUUCUCACAAUUAGUGAAACAUAUCCGGAUGAUACUGGUGAGAUUGUGUAUGAGGCACACAAUGCGAUGGGCGUGUGCACCACAACAACGUAUUUAUCAGUCGGAGGUAUUCUGGGCACUAAGGAAUAUAGAAAGCCAGAGUGGGUGACACAAAUGGAAGAGAUGCAAGAAGCUCUGCGAGCAACACAGCAAAUUCCCCGAAUCGUCCAAGAACUUGUAGACAUUUACGCAGCAGACGGUGAAGAGGUGAUUUUCGAAACGUCUUAUUCCGGCAAUCCCGCACCAGAUGUUGUCUGGUAUAAAAAUGAUAAACUCCUGAUGAAUACGGACAAUGUGAAAGUGAAACUAUUUGACGAUGAGAAGAAAACCACAUUGACAAUUUUCAAUGCAACAUCAGAAGACACCGCAACCUACGUUUGCAAGGCGACUAGUGACAUAGGUUUAGCUGUUACUAAAGCCAAAUUACAAGUAGCUGGGCCUGAGCACAGGAAGAAAACGGAGUCACCAGACCUUCAACUUCAUCACGACAAGAAAAAGAAAAUAUCUGAGACGAAGAAAGUUAAAGACACCAGAGAAAAGAUGAAUGUUAUAAAGGAAAAAGUACAAAAGAAGAAAAAAGAAUUGGUGAAAGUAGAAGAGAAAAGGCCAAUUGAGAAGCAACUCCCAGAGGAAGAAUCUACGGAUCUGAUAGAAGAAAUACCUCGCGAGGAAUCCAAAGCUAAACCUUUAGUUGCAAUUCAUGAGCCCGUAAUAACCGAAGCAACGGCCUCCCUGAAAAAAGUAGAUAAAAAGUCGGAGGUCAUAUUAUCAACUACUGAUGAACGAGCCAAACGAAUCGCUGAAACCCAUGAAGCCUUGCUCACUGUUUCUCCCUUAGUAUCAGAGGACGAUAUCCUGGAAUUGAACCUAGAGUCUACAUCUGAGCAAGCGAGAAUGACUACAGAUACAUUUGAAGUCGUGUCCGUAUCCCAGGUCGUUACAGAAACUCAUAUCGAAGAGAUCGAUGAAUCCGGUCCAAAAGUAAAAUAUGCCCGAAAAACGAGAGUCAUAACGGAACAGACACUCGAGACAAGUGAUUCAGGCAUUGCAGAGUUAUCUGAAGAUAAACCGAGAAAGAAGAGAAGAGAUAAAAGACGUGAACGCAUUGACACAGUUACAGUUGAAAAAGUCAUUAAUGAUCAAAGGGAAAAUCUCUCUCAGGCCGUAGAAGAGACAAUGGAGCUGGUGAAUGCUAAAGAAUUUGGUCCUGGUGAGUCACCCCUCAGGGAGCUUGCAACUAUUGGCUUUCUCAUUGACAAUGGAGUGUCCGUAAAUGAAAUCAAUGAAAGCCUCUAUCAAUCUCAUUAUUUCCCUGCACUACGUACUCCCGAUGCUCAGAAUGCAUUAGUGCAAUUAGUGGAGAGAGAAGGACAUGGGCCAUUAAUAUCUCAAGUUCUCACGGAGGAAACUACAACUGAUGAGAGUAUUGUUGCUGCAACUGUUGGUUUUCGUGCUUUCAUGAGAAUGGUUGAAUUACAACAUGCCACAGUCGAAGAAAUUAUCACUCAUUUUGCACCGGAAGAUUUCCGAACGAGAUCUUGGGAAGUUACAGAAUUUAAUGAGGGCGAAGUCCAAGAGACGAUGCAAGAAAUAUCUUCUACCGUACAAAAAAGUGAAAUUCACAUCGUAGAAACACACGAACAGGAAAAAACUGCAGUAGAACAUGUUCUUCAAGAAAUUAAAGAAUACGAGGACAUUCAGCAAGUACACGAAACACAGCACAAAGAUACAAAAUCAGAAGAAAUCAAGCCUGAUAUUUUGCGAAAUCUAGUUGAGGGUAGAGAUAAAGUAAAUGAAGAAAUAAUCGAAGAGCAGGUUCAACUUCAGCAAACUGACGCUAAACUUUCCGUCAAGAAAGGAGUUAGUGAAGAACGAGAUAUCAGUAAAGUCGAUCGAGAUACUGAUCUCAUUGAUGAAGAGAUAAUUACCACUCGAAAAGUCACCAGAAGACGUAAAGUGAAGGAAGAAGAAAAGAAGAAAAAGAAACGUGAAGAUGAAGAAGAAGAGGAAGAAGAAAUAAUUGAUCGAAACUUGUUGAAACCACGAGAAAUAGAGAACGUCGCUGUUGAACAACUGACUCUUCAACCGCGCAGCUCCCAACAAAGAAGAGGCGACGACUAUUUUGAAGAAGUCAGCACUUUCGAAGUGACUGAAGAAAAGAUGGUUCAUUCAAUUCCAGAGAAUAUUCCCCACGAAUAUCGAUCAGUGCUGCCACUGGCGAGUGCAGUUCAUCAAGCUGCUGAGAAGCCCCAGUUAGAUAGAGCCACUAUCAAAGUAGAUACAAUCCAAGCCAUCACCACCCAAUCUGUACCACUCGAAGACAGUAUAGAAACCAUCGAUAAAGUCCAAGUCGACAAAAAAUUUGCAGUUUAUUCGAUACCUGCAGUGGAGCCAUAUUCAACUACAGAAACGACAAUUCAAUGCACCACCGAGGAAUUGAUGAAAGAAAUUCCAGCUGCAUCCUGCAAUAUUACUGCUAAUAUUAUAUCUAAAAAGGGAAUUCAAGUAACAGAAACCCUGUCCAGUGAUGAUAAUCUCACUAAGAUGGAAGUAAAACCGGAAUUAUCAAUGCAAACAGCAAACUUGAAUCUCUCCCUGAAGGAGGCAACAACAGUUACUGAGAUGACAGCCAACGAAACUGAAGUUACAACGCAAAGCUUUUUCCAACCUACUGCAGCAAAUGUUGAGGAUUCAAUACUACCUCAUAUUGGUUUAUCAGUUUACGAAGUUAAUGAAGGUCUACUAGAGGACAAAUUAGACUCAUCUCAUGUUCCAGCUGUACAAUCAAAAGUCCUCAUCGAUACUGUUGGAUAUCUGCAAAUUGACCAAGUGCAGCCUGAAGACACAUCAGAGAAAUAUUACCCAGAGCUGAUUGUUCCAACGGAAAAGGUAAUUUCGAGUUUCAUCCCUCAAAAAGAAUUAACCACCGGUGAAGUGUUCACAAGUGAAAAAGAAAAGGAUUACGUUCCACUUGCAGCACCAGUUCAUCAGAAAGCUCAAGUGAACGUUUCUGAAGGUGGUGAAGUGUCAACAAUAAAUAAGGAAUUCGUGCGAGAAACAGUUGAUUCAAUUAUACCACAUCAAGAAGUACCUUCCUUCCAAGUAGCUCAAUCCAUUGAUGCCCUGGAAAGCUUAGUAAUUUCUACUGUGGAGAGUCAUAGUCAAGAGGAAGAACUGGAGAUACAGCAAAGCAAACGAAUGGUUGCUGACGUGAACGUCAGACCGUCUAAUUCAAUUGUAACAACUGAGACAAUCCUAUCAGAUGAAACAACUGAAUAUGAAAUCGGCGUAAUACCUCUUGAGAAAACAGCAAAUAGUAUGAUGUCAUUGCUAGAAAUUGGAAGUAUAUCAGAUACUGUCAUUCAAGAAAGUGAAGGUACUUAUAGUGAGCAGGCGAAACCAACUCAUGCAGUUGCUGAAUCCUCUGUUGAUACUGAAACGCAUUUAAACAUUUCUGAAAUUCAUUCAGGUGAUGUACCUGCAGAUUUUACUGAUACACUCAGGUAUAUUACUGAAACUGGAACUCCCUCGGUGACAUCUGCAGAUGCAGCAAUAAUUCAAGAAAUUUUAACUCAUGAGAAGGAAGAUCAGUUGUCUCAUUUGGAAAAAUCCACAGAGAGAAUUGUUGAAACUAUCUGUGGGCCUCUGAGAAGUGUCGAAAUUUGUCAGACGACAGCAGCAGAUACUGAAGGACCACUCAAGAUCUACGAUAUUCCUGAAACUCACAGAAGUGAAAUUGUCUCCAGCCACCAUAAUGUAUCAUUUCAAGUUCAAGAAAUACAGCCUGAAUUUGAUUUGGAAAUUCUAAAAGAGAAAUUACCAGCGGAAAUGAAAGCCAAUAUUGAACAAGAUCAUCUGCGAGGACUAGAUAUCGGUGUGAUUGUGUCAGCCGAAGACACUAAAGCAGUGAUCGAUGAUGUUAUGCCUGAAAGUAAAAUUGCAGACUUUUCCAUUAGUGAAGUUGACAGUGUGAGAACAACAGAAAUUAUUGUAAAUGAAUCUGAGGCAGAACGUGAGGAAGUGAAAACCGAUUCCAUCACAGCCACAGCUGCUUUCGAAACACAAGCUGCUAUUGAGCAAUGUACAGUGAGAACUGAGUCUCCUACAGGAAUUUUCACCAAGAUUUCUGCUACAUCUGCAACAGCUCAACCAGCCGUGAUUCCUCUUGAAAGUGUGACAACCACGUUACAAAAUUUUGCUGAAAAAGAGAAUAUUUACCAGGAAGACGAAAGGCCCAAUGAAAAAGUCGCAGUCGUUGAAAUGACAGAUGUGAAGCCAAACGCUGUCAUUUCCGAAGUUAUUCCCCAGGAAUUGGAGAAAACUUAUAUUACUGAAAGUGAAUUAGGCAAUUAUGGAGCUGUCAACUUCAUCGAAGGUCAUAAAAUCGCUGCACAGUCGAUACCUUUCGUUGAACAGAGUGCAGGACAUUUGCUCGAGGAAAGUUCCAAAACUCGUAAAGCUUUUACUAAACAAGAUAUUCUCGAUGAGUUGAUUGUUGUUGAAACUCAUUUGGGUGAAAGUGAGAAACCUCGAUUGGAAGAUUUGAAACCCAGUGAGCAUAAGGCAGAUAUCAACUUAUCCACAUCAACAAAUAUUGUAAUUACCGAAAUUACUACUGUUGAUAAAGUUGAGAAAUUAAUGACUGAAGACCAAUAUGCAGAGAAAAAUAUAAGUGUAGAUCUCACACCGAGUCAUGAAGUUUCUGAAGUUUCGGAAACUGUAGUUGCAAAUAAUGUUGAUGAAUUUUCUCGUGUUAAAUUGGACAUGGAAAAAGCAACACCUCAAUGCAGCGAAUUAAUUACUGUACAACAAACAGAAUUCCUGGUAACUGAAAAAGAAUCCGCACUCGACGAAAAAAUAAAACCAAGUCAUAGCAAUGUUGACAUUACUUUUAUGGAGGAGACUGGGUUACAAGUAACCCUGACGAACUCCCACGACAGAGAAGGAGAGUUUGAAAAGGAGCUGAUUCCAAAAGGAACCGAAGCUUCAGUGCAGAUUGACACACAAAAUAUUGCAUCGAAAUACGAAAUUCUAGGGGAUAUAAAUCUGGGUACAUACAUUUCCGAAGAAAUCCAAAACGUACAACCAGAAAUGAGUUUAUCAUCAUUACCAACUGCUGUAGCUGAAGAAGUCCACACAGCAGACUCUGAAAGUCUAUUAAAGAAAAUGGAAACAUUCGAUCGAAAAGCAGAAUUGACUGUAGACCUUGGAGAGAUGUUGACGGUAUCGUCAAUUGAAACUGGAGAGAAGGAGAGUCCACUGGAAGAUGAUGAAAAACGUCCAUCAACAUCUGCAAACCUAGACAUUUCCUCCCAUCCAGUAGCAGAGGCCACAGAAAUUACGCCACACGAUGAUGUUCCUCAAAUGAAAAUCGAAGAUAAUCCACUUUCUAAGGCAGUCAAAAAUCAAAUUCCGUUCAAGGGUGUCAUCGUUACAGAAACCAAUGCAAAAGACUCUGAAAGCUCGAUGGAUCAUUUCCAGAUGCCGGAUGAUAAAGUCGUGGAUGUUGUCUACGAGGAUGCACAAAUGGGCAUUCGUGUUACUCAAGCCAUAAUUUCUGAAAAGGAAAAGGAUUAUAAUCCAGAAGAAAGUUUACCUACAGUACAAGCCACCACCAACAUCGAUGCCCACAGAACCGCUCAACAUGUUGAGGUCAUUACUUCAUCAAUGACUGAUGAAUUGGAACGCAGUGCUCCAACUUCAGCGAUAGCCAAACAAGACCAGUCACCAUUAGAAGGCAUCAUUCAGACAGAAACUGUUGUGUCAAUUCGAGAACAAGAGUUUACAAAAUCACCUGAGACAACUGAAAAAGCAGAAAUAACUGUAGAUGACAGUGGAAAUGUUACCAGUAACGUGGAAAUAUUAACUGUGGAUAAAGAGGGCCUGCUGUCAAUGCCAACAAAACCGGCUGAAAAGAACGCUGUCAUCGAUGUGACAACAGAUUAUCGCGUUACAGAAAAAACAGAAUUUACACUUGACUCAUCAAUAGGUUUAUUACACGAAACAACACCUACCCUGGCUGUUGUCAGUCCAUCCCAGAUUCCCAUUGAAGCUGUGAUCAGUUCCAUGACACAACCAGCAGAGAAAGAGAGUGUGUAUGUACCAGCAACUCAACCCAAUAAAACUGUCGCUGAUUUAUCACUCCGCGAAGACCAAAGUAUCAACAUUACUAUGGUAAUUGCAGAAGAUAAAGAAAAUGAUUAUCAGGUAACAGAACUGCCCGUAACGAAAAAUGCGCAGGAAGGUUUUUCAGGAACUCUAAUUGUUCCAGAGACUAACCUCUACAUUACUGAUAGUACCACCGGAAAUCUUGUUGAUCAACGUCCAGACAUUUCGGUUGCGAAUUUAGAUCACGAAUCGUUCACUCAUUUAACAAAUUCUCAGCUCAUUAUUGGAGAAGUAGAAGACAGUUUAGUACUUGACGCGAAACCAAAGGUUCAUAGUGCGAGUGUGGAUGUUGAAUUUGAGAAAAAUCCAAUCACAGUCGCUGAAAUGAUAAUUAACGAUAAGGAAAAUAAGUACAAAUCAGGUGAUGUAAUCACUACGCAAAUGGCAUCGGUGGAGCUCGAUUCUAAACUUGAAGUAGCUGAAACAAAGACUGUGAUGGUGCAGGAUGCAUUGGCCAAAGUGGAUCAUGUGGAGGUGAAUAGUCAGGAAGGAGUUCUGGUCCACGAUACUCUCAAGAGCCUUGUCAUAUCGGAAGAAAUGUUAAUUGACAAAGAAGUAUCAUUCAGCAGCAAACCUCAAGACAAUUUGAAAGAUGUUGAAAUUAACAUCGAACAGGGACGCUGUGGGGCAACAGUAACUGAAGUAACACUUGACGAUAAAGAAACAACAUUUGACGUUCCAUCAAAAAUAAAAACAGAACUAGGAUUUUCAGUUCCAAUAACCGGGCACAAGCUCGCCCUUCAAUCAGAAAUAAUUCCUAAUAUCGCUGCCAGUGGUUUGCAAGUGGACAAACCCAUAUCAGCACAGGCAAUAAUAGACCAUAAACCAUUUGAAACUAUUCAACUGACUGAAAAUAUUCUCGGUGAAUGCGAGAAAGAUACGACACAAAGAAAACCUGCCCUGGAAAUUGCUGGAGUUGGAAUAAAUGAGUAUAAUUCCCUCAUCACUGAAACAUCUGUAGUUCAAGAUGUUGAAAAGGAACUGUCCAUCAGCGAAAAACCAACGAAACAUGCUGGCGAAUCUAUUUCCGAAACUCAAAAAGUCAUCCAACAAACCCAAAUAAUUCCUGAAGAGGCUAUCGGGGACUUCAUGUCAAAAGCACAAGCUGAAGCUGAAGCUGUGAAAAAGCAAAAUACAUUCCAAUCUCUUCAGAUCACUGAAACAUUAACUGAAGAAAGUGGUUCAGUUUUUGAAGAGGUUUCAACAGCGCUCAUCGGACAUGCUCUUACAUCUUUGACAAGUGGUGAGAGUAUAAUAGUUGAUGAAGUCAUUUCCCACGAUAAAGAAGACACGAUGAAGAUACCGGGAUACAUUACAGAGAUGGCGACGAUCAAUUUAACCCAUCCUAAUCAGGGAAUAGCACUGAAAGAUCAAAUAAUAACCGAUCAAAGUGCAGGAUUACUGCAAUCAUUUGAUAGCGAUCAAAAGACAGCAAACACUAAACAAGAUACUCUGCAGUCAGUGAUAGUUGCAGAAAUCCCAUUAAUGGAACGAGAGCAGGAUCUUGAUAAAUACGUAGAACCCAUAUCCAGCAAUAUAGUUCCAUCAGUGGAAAUGGAUCAUGAAAUAUCGAUUUCUGAGACAAUUCCAAACGAGAUUGAAAAGUCUCUCAAAGAGCAGUCAUUAAUUGAACCUAAACAAGUGGCAACAAUGAUCGUUGCAGAGCAUGGAAGUAUAUUAACAACUGUAAUUGAUUCUCGCAGUGAUAUGGAGAAUAAGGAGCUUGUCAAUGAUAAAUUACCUCAGACAGCUAUUCCCAGUCAAGAAACAUUUGAGUCCUUAACAGUUGUGGAAAAUACAAUUGAGGAGUCUGAAACGUCAUUGACCGACGAGACCAAACGCUCUUACCAAACUGCUGAUUUUAAUAUUCAAGACAGCAAAUCAAUCCAAAUAUGUCAAAUAACAACUGGUGAUAAAGAGGAUAAACUUGGUAAAAUUGUCUUACCUCAACCUUCAAAGAUCAGUACGGAAUUCAAUAUUCUUGAGGGCAUACAACAGUGUCAAACUGAAGCAGUCCAAGAGCUGGAAGUAAUGGAACAUGAAGAUACAAAUGUGUCACAAGCUAGCAUUACUCAACCAACGAUGGAGUCAUUAAUUAAAACUGAAACGACAAUUGCAGAGCGAGAAGGUAUGUUUGACACUCAAGAUGAACGUGAAAUGCAUCGAGGGACUCCACAAGUAAAUAGCCUCAACCCAAUUUCCAUUCUAGAAAUAUCACCAAAUGAAGUAGAAAAUGUUCUGGAGAUGGAAAGAACACCGAAUGUUCAGCAAGCCGUCCAGAAUAUUUCUGGCAGUGAUGUCAUUAUUACAACAGAAGUACAGACGGUUGGACAAGUUGAAGGGUUCACCGAAUCACUAAACGUUGAGCCAGUGAAAAGUAAAUUUAACAUUGAUAAUUUAUCAUCCCUGGAAAUAACUGAGACCUUGUCCCACGAAGCUGAGAACCCACUCCGAAUUCAAUCAAUAUCUGAAACAGGAACAGCAGUUCUUAAUUUGGAUGGAAGACAUGUAGUUGAAACCUCCGAAGUUGGAUCCAUAUUAUUAGCGGAAGAAAUUCUAAAAAUUGAUGUACCUCACGCACACAGUGGUGUACCUGAAAUUGAUGCUUUAGUGCCACUAGAAGUCCUUCAAGUUGUAUCCAAUGACGUUGAAAAGGAUUUAGUCCCACAAGAUAAAUCUCAAACGAGUAAUGCACUAAUGACUGUCUCCAGUCACCAGACAGUUGAAACAUCACAAAUAGAAACACUACUCAACACUGAAGAAUUAAUUAAACCACUGCACCCGGAUGAGAAAGAAGGAAAUCAAGUGAUCUUAGAAUUCCAACCGAUGACUAUCUCGCAGACAGUCUCAGCAGAAUCAGAGGGCUUCCUCCAAGAGGACCACAAAUCUACCGAAACACAUGCGGCAGCGAAUAUCACAGCUCACGUCAUCGCAGAACAAUCAGAAACGUUGACAUUGGCGACAGCUGAAAAAAUCGAUGAAAUGAAAACGACGGAUCAAAAAGGAAAUCUUCAUCUGGAGGAAUUGUCAUCAAUAACAGUUUUACAAAUUCUCCCCAAUGAAGAUGAAGUACAAGGAUCAAGUGUGGAAGUACCAGAAAUGAAGAGUGCCAAACCGGAAUUCGUUGGCUAUACAGUACCCAAGGUAAUGGAAAUCACAGCUUUACGAAAUUCCGAGGAAAUUCCUGAUGAACACACUCCAGAUAUGCAAACAGCACAGCACAUUCACGAUGAUAUGAUAUCUCUCAUUGUAUCUCAAACAAUAUCUGCUGAAACUGAAGAGUCACUACAAGAACAAACUACCCAGAGUACCAAGAAUGCCCAGAUAUCAGUUGAAGGUCACAAACUCCCGGAAACUGCUCAGAGCAUGCCAUUAACAAAUCUUGGAGAAAUGCAUGAAUUAAUUCUGAACGAGCAGAAGAGCGAAUUUGGUGUUGAAAACCUGUCAUCAGUUCAAGUUUCCCAAGUAGUAGUCGACGAAGUAAGUGAGACACUCGUGGAGAGUGAAGCAAAAACAAAAACAGCUACUUCCCAGAUUGGAGAAUACGAAGUGCCAGAAACUUCGCAAAUUACAUCAUUAUAUACUGUUCGUGAACUUAUGAAAGAUGUCGCUCCUGACGUAAAACAACUUGAAUCUAACAUCAGUGAAAUGGUAUCUGUUGAAGUUUCCCAAGCAUUUCCAAAUGAGAAUGAAGGAGUUCUCUUGGAAGCUGAGAAACCUGACGAGAAAAUUGCUCAUUUUGACAUAUCAUCUCAUAAAAUACCUGAAGUCUCGCAGGUACUUACACUUAAUACCACUGACAAGUUGUUAGACGAAAUUGCUAAACGAGAAAACAGUACUCUGAGUUGUGAAGAAUUUGAUUCUCUAAUUACAUCACAACUUGUCAUCAAUGAUGCAGAGAGCAGCUUAAUCCUGGCUGACAAACCAAGUUCACAUACCGCUGAAGCACAAGUAGUUGGUGCUGAAGUAGCUGAAACAUCUCAAACGAUCAUUUUAGCGGACGCUGCUGAUCUGUCUAUUGAUAAACUACCUCAACAACAAAUCUGUCAACCAAAUUUCGAACAGCAGACCUGCUUAAUCACAUCGGAAACAGAAUCCAAUGAGGCCACGGAGACUUUGCAAGACCAACGAAAGCCUGACCUGACAACUGCUGAAUCAAAUGUCACUGGUCAUAGUAUUGCAGAGACACUACACACGACAGCAUUGAACACAUUCCAACCAUUUGAGAAGAUCGAACUGGAUGAGAAGAAGGGAAAGCCCAUCAUCGACGAGAAGACAUCACUGAGUAUAUCUGAAAUUGUAUCAGAUGAAGUUGAAGGUGUCAUUGAUGAGACUAAAAAACUAGAGACACAACAAGGAGAAUUCCAGUUCGUAGGUCAUAACGUCCCUGAAUUCAAUCAAGUGAUGACACUGGAGGCAAGUAAUGAGUUUGAAUCCUCGGUGACCCCAGAAGGUCGAAAACUCAUAUCAGAAAUUGGGGAAUUCACACCACUAACAGUAUCACAAGUUGUUUCCCAUGAAGUGGAAGGUGACCUACCAAGUGAUGUAACACCAAAUCAUGGAUUGGCUGAAAGGGAAUUGAUAACUCACGAUACAGUUCAGACUUCGCAAAUUAUGGUAUUGGCCACUUCUGAAGAUUUUGCAGAUGAAAAAAUUGAUACUAAACAAGGCCGUAGUACCGUACGUGAAUUAUUGCCCUUGAUUACAUCCCAAGUACAUUCCACUGAGACAGAAACGGACCUGAAGGAUUUGGAGAAAUUAACAGAGGAAACUGCACAUGUAGAAAUUUCGACACGUGAUGGGGUGACAACCGAGGAAAUUCAAGAAAUAGAUACCGUGGCAGGUCUGAAUGUUGUUAAACUUCCUGAAGAAGUUCAUGGAAAUGUCGAAAUGAAUGUGCAUUCACAUAUUCUUGUCUCUGAGCAACGAACCAACGAUACUGAAGACGCAUUCAUGACAUCAGAAGUUGUGAAGGAAGAAGUCGCCCAACAGCAAUUCUAUAGCAGAGAGGCGACUACCACAUCUGAAACAAUCCUUCUCACCAGCACUCAGGAACUGCCAGAGGACAAGAAAAUAGAUAGUCAAAAAGGAUACGCUAAUAUCGACGUAUGUCCGUCUAUCUCAGUAUCAGAAAAUAUCGUCAAUGAAUUGGAAGAGGAAAUUAUCAGCCCUGAGAUUCCUGCCAAGAGCGUAGCAAACCUGAGUAUCUCUCAGCAAGAAGCAGCUGAAGUCUUGAUGAUUGGAACGUUAUCGAAUACUGAAAAUUUGAGUGAGCAAAGUGUCCCAGCAAUGAUGACAACAAAGCAAACGGUGGAUGAGCUGUCUCCAUUGAUAGUUUCGUAUAUUUCCACGAAUGAACUCGAAGAUGUUCUUCUGCCCGAGAAGAGACCAGAGGAAAAAUCAGUGAAUGUGAAUGUUUCAGGAAGAGAAGUAGCGGAAAAAAAUGAGACAUUUGUGCUGAUGCAGACUGACAACUUAGAAAAAGUAGCUCCAGAGCAAACGAAGAGCACUGAACCAAAGUUGGACACUUUGGGUAUCGCCGAUACUUUUGAAAUUAUAUCCAAUGAAAUGGAGGUAAACUUAACGAUUGAUAAGGUGUCACCAGAGGGAUUCGCAGUCCCAAAGCUGGAUGGCAUUGAAGUAGCACAAAAAACGGAAAUAUUGCCAGUAACUAACACGAGCAAACUCAUUGAAGAAAUAUAUCCUAAGAAAGAACAGGGGACCCAAAAUAUAUCAGAAUUGGUGGCAUUAGCAGUGUCGGAAGUGAUGGAAGAAGAAGAACAAGGGACACUUCCCUCGAGUGAAGCACCCGUUCAGCAUGUUGGCAGUAAAACUCUAUCAAGCCAACCAGUCCCAGAAAAAACUGAAGUUAUAACCUCUACCACAACAACAAACUUGAAUAUAGAAUACGAAGCUGAUGAAAAACAGGCUUCAUCAGUCUAUAUUCCAUUCAAAUCUCGCGAGGAGAUUCUUCAACAAGUCCAGGAAACUGGAAGCGAUUUGAAAAUUCCAGCAGAAGCACCGGUUUCACAAGCUGAACUCACUAUUCAAAGUAUGACGGGUAUCGAGACAACUGAGGCAGUUUUGACUGAGGAACAGCCAGAGGAAUUUACUGAACGUCGAAAUAGUGGACUAAUUGCUCAAUUAACUUUCAUGGAACAAAGAAGAGCAAUAAAAUCGGAAAUCCAACCCGAGAUGACCGCAGUAGAAUUCGAUCAAGAGAAACAAAAAUUACAAACACUCCGAGAGGUACUCGAGAUGAAGCAAAGUAUUGAUGUCACUGAAUUACCAGUAAUGGAGGGAUCCAACAUAAACGAAUCAGCAAUGAUCGAUUUAUUAGCAGAAGUGGCGAAAGUAUCAUAUGAAUUCAAGGAUUUGCACAAUAUUGAUGAAACAACAGAAGCACCAGCCCCAGAACUUGAUCGCACUUUACCUACACAUUACGAUACAUUCAUACAAGAAUACACUGAUAUCACACAAGCACAAUUGACAGACUCUGAUAGCGAAGUAAGCACAACAACAGAAUAUACAACCAAAUUUAGACGGGGGAGUGAAGACGAUGCUACUUGUGCGAUAAAAACGAAGAAAACAAUCAUUCGAAAGAAGACACCGUCGAAAGAUGAAAAGGAGAAAGUUAUAAUAAUUGAAGAAGAACUAGAAGACAUUCAAUCUAAGCUCCCUAACAUUCCCAAAAAACAGUUCAUGCCCAUCGAAGAAGUAACAGAGCAUUAUGGAGAUGAUGAAAUUAUUCCUUCGAAGAUUGACGAAAUUGAAGAAGGACCUACUGAAGAAGUUAUCGAAGUUCAAGAAACACCAAUCAUAGACGAUGUUGAUGAGACCAUUAAAAAAGAAAAGAAGAAGAAGAAGAAGAAAAUUGUAGAAAUAAAAACUGAAAUAAGGCAACUUACUAAAGAGGUCGAUGAAACGGAAAAAAGUCCAGAAUACGACACAGUAGAUGAAAAGGAAACUACUGAGCAACCGGAACUUCAAGAAACUACUACUGUUUCAAUAAUAGAGAGUGGACCAACAGUUGAAGAAGAGGAUGUCCCCAAACCGACGGACAUCGAGGAAAAAAUCUUAGUGGAAAAGACAGAAAAAAUCAUCAGGAAGAAGAAAAGUCGAAAGGAAAUCGAUAAACAACAGGUUCGUAAAGAAUUAACAACAGAAGAAAUUGAUGAACAAUCAGCAGCCAUUACUUUAAAAGAACCUGUUGAGGAAACUCUUACGGAGGAAAUCGUCGAAGAUUUUCCAAGCAUUCAACCGGCAUCAGUAGUAACUGACUACGAAGAAGUGUCUGAGGAAGUUACGAGUACGCAGGUUACUCCUGUAGUUGAUAAGUCGAAGAAAGUAAUUAAAAAGAAAAUUGUCCGGAAAGGAGGUGAUCAGCGCGAGGUUGCAGAACAAUUAAUUAUUGAUGAAUCUACAGAUCAAUCAAUUCCAACGGAUAGUUUAGAAACUAUUUCGCCUAUAGAACCUGUUGAAGUAACUGAAGAAGAACAACUCCACGAAAAAGUAACCGUGAAAAUUAAGAAGAAGAUCACUAAGAAGAUCCCUAAAGAAAAGACUCUCCAGGAAGCAAGCGAUGAAACAAUAGUUCCUGAAGAGUCAAUUGCGGAAGAUGUAGAACAGACUGAAACUGUAAGUCAUGAUGAGGAUCGACCAGCUUUGCCAAGAAGUGAGCAUGCCAGUGCAUCUGAGGAUGAAGCAAUUCCUGAAGAAAUUACCGCCGUUGAGACAAUCCCUACCAUUGAAAAACCAGCAAAAAUGAAGAAGAAGAAGAAGACUAUUCGAACAAGAGAUGACAAGCAACAGAUUGAUGAAGUUGUGAUAGAGAAGGAAGAAAGUGGAGAAUCGGUAAUCACCGCUCCCGAUGAAACUAUCGAAAAACCAAGUCCAGAAGACAUCCCAGAGGCUCUUCCAGCUGAUGAAGUUGUAACGGUUAUAAAGGACGAAGAGGUUCCCGAAGAAAUCACGACGACUCAAGAGACCAUCACAAUUAAAAAGUCGAAGAAAACUCCAAAGAAAAUCAAGCAAAAAAGAGGUGAUCAAGAGCAGGUAACAGACGAGUUAAUAGUGACUAAAGAAUCAAUCCCAGAUGACAUCGAAGAAGAUCUUUCGGUUGUAGAACCGAAACCGGUGGAAGAAACUGAAAAACCAGAAAGUCCUGAAGACGUAGAAGAGGCGAUAGUGCCCUUGGACCGCCCAAGAAAAAGCACCAAAAAGAAACUCCCUAAAAAAGACCAGGAAAUAGUUCCUUCUGAGAAGGAAGAAAUCCCUGAAGACAUUAGCGAGGAUAUUGUGAGCUUAGACAAGCCCAAGAAGAUCAAGAAAACUAAGACUGUACGAAAGGGAAGUGGCACCAUAGAAAUCACUGAAGAAGUCAUCAUAAAACAUGAAACGCUCACGGAAAUGGUCCCUGAUGAGACGGUGGACACCUUGACGACGAUUGAAUUUGAACAAGCAACUCCAAAACAGGAAGACUACGAGGAGGUUAUCACAGAUACCCAAAUUUCAGUGGUUGAAACUCCGGAAAAAAUCAAAAAGAAGAAAAGAACCCGUGCUGACAAACCUAUCCCAGAGACAUCCCCUGAUGAAACGGUGAAAGAUGUACCAGAUGUUAAACCUGUUGAGGCAGAUGAGGAAGAAACAGUGUUGGAAGAGAUUACCGUUACUGAAGAGAACAAAGUGAUAAGGAAGCCAAAGAAAAUUAUCAGGCGGAAAACCGAUCAACAGGAACUUACAAAAGAAUUGACAGUGGAAAAAGAAGGCGAAGAAACUACCAUUACCACCCUGAAGAUACCUGCGAAGAGCAUUGAAGAAGCACAACCAUCUGUUGAGCACAUGCCAUUAUCCGAGAAAGAAGAUAUUCCUGAAGAAAUCACCGAAGAAAUUGGGGAAGUUACUCGGCCAAAGAAAAAAACACAAAAGAAGACUAUAGUGAAGAAGGGUAUUAAAGUAAAAACUACUGAAGAGCUGGUAUUACAAAGUGCAACCUCUGCUGAUGAAAUAGUUCCUGGUGAGGAAUUAAAAGAUCUUCCAGUUGAAGAAACUGUCCAGGCGACGGAGAAAGAGCAACUUUGGGAAAAGGUCACCAUCAGUCAAGAAAUUUCGGAGGUAAAAAAACCGGAAGAAAUAACAGAAAAAAUUCUACCGAUAAAAACCGAUGAGCUGAAGAUCACUUCAGAGGUUGUCAUCAGCGAGGAAGAAUCCAUUCCGAAAAAACCCACUGAUGACACGGUGGAGGACCGUGAAGCUGUCGAUGUCGUUCCUGAUGUCGUUCAGGAAGAUGAAGAGAAAGCUCCUGAGAAGACUGACGUCACUGCAAAAAUUCCUGCUGUUGAAAAGACGAAGAAGAUUGUAAAGAAGAAGAUUCGAAAGAGUAGUGAUCAAGAGGAGGUUACAAAAGAGCUGAUAGAACCCAUCGACACCAGCUUGAAAACUUCUACAGUAGAACAGAUACCAAAAGAAAUCGUGGAUACACUUCCAUCAACGGGAGUUCCUACUGAGGAAGUAGUUCCCGAGGAGACGUAUGAAACUCUCCCAGAUAUUGAACCUGAUAAGCCAAUUGAAAAAGCCGAAGUUCCAGAAGAAUUUCCUGUUACUGAAGAGCUUCCUGCUGUUAAAAAGUCCAAGAAAAUUCCAAAGAAGAAAAUUAUUCGUGAGGAAGAACCUAUUGACGAAGCCGAAGUUCCAGAAGAGUUUGCCGUUACCGAAGAGCUUCCUGCUGUUAAAAAGUCCAAGAAAAUUCCAAAGAAGAAAAUUAUUCGUGAGGAAGAACCUAUUGACGAAGCCGAAGUUCCAGAAGAGUUUGCCGUUACCGAAGAGCUUCCUGCUGUUAAAAAAUCCAAGAAAAUUCCAAAGAAGAAAAUUAUUCGUGAGGAAGAACCUAUUGACGAAACCGUUCCUGAUGAUACUAUAAAGGAACAACCAGAUCUUCAUCCUAUCGAAGAAAAUGAGACUGAGAAAGUCCCUGACGAGAUUGUCACUGCUGAAAAGGUCGCCACUGUCAAAAAACCCAGGAAAACCAAACAAAAGCCUAAAACAGUAGAAACUCCAGAAGAAACUCCAGAAGAAACUCCACUUAUUCAACCUGAUAUGAGUCCUGAGGGUGUCACUGAGCCCACCGAUGAUCAAAGCAUUGAUUCCAUUCAAACAAUACACAAAGAACCAACACAUUACACAACAGUAGUUCCAAAAGAGAUUGAGUCAUGUCUUCUAGGUACAACCAAGGAUGUCAUUCAAGAGAAAAUUCCCGAAGAAUCUGCCGACGAACAGAUCGUCAGUCCCGCACAGGAUGAGAAAGACACGAUCAUCGAAGAAAGCACAACGGAAACAGUGAUAACUCCUGAAAAAACAAUAAAACGCAAGAAAUCAGUUGUUAAAAAAACAAAAUUGCAGAGAACGGUGGAGGAAAUUAUCGAACACCCGAGCGAAGAAAUCAAACUACUCGAAGAUCAGAACAUCGUAGAAAUUCGUGAAACUCCAACUGAAAGAGUCAUUAAGAGGAAAAUUUUAUCUGCAAGUAGUGAUUCUGUUCCCAUCGAGGAAAUAGAAACAAUUACCAUCCGGAAGCCUCAGUUAGAACAAGCUGAACCGAUCGUCACAAAGUCUGAAGAGUAUAACAUCACUUCAGUAACCGUUCAACAAGCACCUGACGAAUCUACCGAAGUUUUCAUGGAAACUAUCGAAACUAUUGAGACGCCGACGAAACGCAUAGUGAAGAGAAAGAGACGAAAACCAGAUGACAUUCAUGAAAGCAUAACAAUUGUUGAAGAAUCGAUUGAUAAACCGAUUGAAGAGGUGAUCUUUAUGGAAGAACAACGAAUCAAGGAGGUGGUUGAAACGCCUGAUAAAAUAGUAAUCAAGAAGUUCAAAAGUACUUCAAGCGACGGAACAAUUCCUGAGGAAGAAAUUGAAGAAAUUGUUAUUCCAAAAUUGAAAACAGAAAAGGCACAAGUAGUCGUUGAUGCAUUACGUACUCCUGAUAUCACUGAAAUAUUCACUGAAGAAUCUCAGCCAACAGAUGUAGUCGAAAGGAUUGAAACACCUCAGAAGGUUAUUUUAAAGAAAAAGCCUAAGACUGAUAAGUUGGACGCAGUAAAUGUAACAGUUCAUGAAGUAAUUACGAAACCUGAAGAGCACGUUGCCUUAUUUGAAAAACAACAAAUAGUCGAAACCUCUGAAACAAAAACGCAUAAAGUCAUUAAAAAGAAAAAAUCGGUUAGGAAGGAUGAUGGGAAGGUAGAAAGCACCAUCGAGGAAAUCAUUAUCCCUAAAUUGGAAGAGAGAAUCCCCAAAGAUGCUGAAGUGGAAUUCACUGAAGAAAAUAUCAUCAAAACGAUUGAAACACCUGACCAAUUUAUCAUAUCAAGACGAAAAGAAUCAGUGGAAUUAGGGCAGCCUCAAGAAAUUGUUGAAGAAAUUAUAAUUAAACCAAAGAAACGAAAUUCAUUUAUGGAUGAACAACAGAUUUUACAAAUUAUUGAAACACCUGAAACUACCGUCAUCACAAGAAAAUCUACGGUCAUUAAAGAUGGUGGUGUUGCUGAUGAAAUUAUUGAAGAUAUUGUACUACCUAAAUUAGAUGUUGCUAAUGCUGUACCACUUACCGAGGAGUUAGAACACGCCAAAGUAAUAAUCACCAAGCCCGAAAUAUUAAAACAACCCGAUGAGGAGGAGGUAAUUGAAAUAAUAGAAACCCCUUCAAAGAAAGUGAUCAAAAAAGGUAAAAGAUCCUCUGAAAAAAUUUCCAAAGUUACUACUGAAGAAGUAACACUGAAGCCCACUGAUGAACAACAAUUCAUGGAAGAGCAAAACAUCCUGGAAGUUAUUGAGACUCCCACAAAGAAAAUAAUCAGGAAAAAUAAAUCUAUAAUUGAAGACACUGGUGAUGUGACAGAGACCAUAGACGAAAUUAUUCUCUUAAAACCGCAGGAGGAAAAAGCUAAACCAAUCACUCACGAGUUAGAAACCGUCAAGAUAACCGGAGUAAAUAUCUUCCAACAGCCUGAUAAAAUAUUAGAGAUCAUUGAAACCCCUGAAAAAAGAAUAAUCAAGAAAAUUCCAUCAUCUGUACCAGAUGAGGAUCAAAAAAUUACUGAACAAGUUAUUGUGAAAACAUUGAAGGAAGCCAACGCAAUGGUGGAACAAAACAUUUUCGAGACAAUUGAAACACCGGAAAAGACAAUCAUUAAAAGAAGAAUUCCCGCUACCAUAGACGAUAAGACUGGAGAGGAAAUUGUUGAAGAAAUAACAUUACUGAAACCCAAGCAAGAAAAUGCUAAAUACAUCAUUGAGGACUUCGAAAAAGCAGAAAUUUCCUACGCCCCAAUAGUUCAAGUCAUCGAAACACCAAAGAAUAGAAUAAUAAAACGUAAGCGGUCGAAAGUGACGACCGAAGAUGACAAAAUGAUGGAGGAAAUUGUUCCUAAAUCUGUGGAAGAAACCCAACUAAUGGAGCAACAACAGUUGGUUGAAAUUAAAGAAAAACCUGAUGAAACUGUAAUUAAGAGAAAGGUGACGGUAGCUGCACCCGAUGGAAUUCCAGAAGAAACUAUAGAGGAAAUUGUCCUGCCAAAAUUGAGAAAAGAGAAUGCUCGUCAUGUGUCAGAUGACAUAGGUACAGUUAAAAUUACAGAGGUCACUGUUCACGGUGAUGUUGUCCAGGAAACAUUAGUUGAAACCGUCGAAACGCCAUCGCAAAUAAUUUUAAAGAAGAAGAGAAAAAUGAUCAAGAAAGAUGCACCUGAGGAAGAUAUUGAGGAGGUCAUUCUCAAACCACAUACUGAAGAUAAUCCGUUGGAGGCCCAGCAGAUUAUUGAAAUAGUGGAAACAUCAAAAACUAAAGUAAUCAAGAGAAAGAAGCCCAUUCCCAAACAUGAAGAAUUAGGAACUGUGGACAAUCUAGCAGAAUCGAUUGAAGAGAUUGUCAUCCAAAAACCAAUCAAAGAACAAGUUGAAAUAGUUGUAGAACCGCUGGUGACAGCGAAAAUAGUACAACCGCCUAUAGUUGAAAUAAUCGAAACUCCCACUACCAGAAUUGUGAAGAGAAAGAAGAAGCCCACUACCAAAAAAGAGACUGACGAGGUAAUUGAAGAAAUUACCCAUAAAGAGAUCCCAGAAGCUGAACUGAUGGAUAAACAACAAAUUGUUGAAAUCAAGGAGUCGCCAACGGAAACAGUAAUCACCCGUAAAUUAAGUAUCAUUAAUAGUGAGGGAGUCUUAGAAGAAAAACUCGAAGAUAUUAUUUUACAUAAACCCAAACUAAUAUCAGCUGAAUAUAUAACUGAUGAGUUAGGUAUGCCAACAAUAACAAUCGUUGAUAUUCAAGAAGGGCCCGUUGAAGAGGUAGUUAUCGAAACCAGAGAAACUCCAACGCAAUUGGUGAAGAAGAAGAAAAGAAAAUCAAUUAUAAGAGACGAGCCAUCAGAGAUUGUGGAAGAAAUUAUCGUAAAAAGUCCUGAUGAGGGUGAACUAAUGAAAAACCAACAUAUUCUUGAAGUGAUUGAUACUGCAGUUGAAAAGGUCAUAAAAAUAAGAAAACCCUCACUCAAAGAGGGUGAACCGAUGGAGGAAUCAAUAGAAGAAAUUGUUAUUCGGAAACCGAGCUUAGUAACUGCAGUAGAAACUAUGGUGCCCUUAGAAAAAAUUGAUUUGACUGAAGUAAUCGUUGCAAAAGCUGAUGAAAAGAUAAAGCAAGAUGAAGUUAUUAAACCUGAUCUUCCCACGGAGAAGCUGCCAGAAGAGACCACACCAGAGGAAAGUGUAAAAGAAGCUAAAACACCCGUCGAUGAGAAGAAACUGAAAAAGAAGAAAAUUCCAAAGAAAGGUGAAAAGACUGUGACCUUUGACGAAAGUGUAGUAGAUUCUAAAAUUAUUCCUGCGGAUGUAAUUGAAAAACCAGACAAAGAAGAACCGCUUGAGGAGACUGUCGUUGAAGAUGCCCCAACUUCACCGCGAGUAGAGGUCAAAGACGACAAACCAGACCAUAAAGAAGUUCCAACGGAUCAGAAACAAAGUCAUUCCCCUGAAAUCGUUGAACAUCCCAUUGCUCCUGAGGAUGUUGUGCCAUCAGCGACUCCUGAAGUACCUAAAGACCAGGAGUCAGUAGUGGAGACGAAAGAAACAAAACUGAAGAAGAAGAAGAAGAAGAAACCAGCGAAGAAAGAAGAAUGGGAAGAAUGGGUGGAACCUGAGUAUGAACGACCAGUACUGGAGCCAAUGCCCGAAAAAAUAUCGUGGGAGCCUUCAAAAAAGAAAAAGGAAAGAAAACCAACGUCUGAAGAACAUCCAAAACUGGUCCCUAAUAAGAUAGUAAGAGGAACGAAUAAACCAACAAAAUUGACUUACAUGGAACCAAAUGAAGAAAUUCAAUUUGCUACUGUGAAAUUGAAGAAAACUUCAGUUAUUAAAAAGAAAGAAAUAUCAAACGUAAAAUUCCCAAAAAUUAUGCUGCGCAGCAGAAUUACUUUCCACGGGGACUAUCCACCAGAAAUCCAAUUUUUCACGGUAACUUCUAUUGAACCAAACUCACCUCAAACUGGUAUUUUAUCGCGAAAUGCCGAAGAGGCAUUGAAAAUCUUGAAAAAGAAGAUGAAAAAGUUCAAGAUACCUGAGAAAGAGUUAGUGGAAUUGGAAAAAUUAGAUCAGGACUUUGAAAAAUUGAAGGAAAUACCACUUGAAGAGCUUCCAGAUAAAUCUCUUUAUCAGCGACAGCCGAAGAAACCAAAGGAAGAGCAGGCACCAGGAAAACCUCUAGUCAUUAAAAAAGGAAAAAUUCCCGAGCAACCUGAAGACACUGCUGAGCAGGUUCGAUUGAAGAAAAUCCCAGAGCAAAAGCCGGUGGAUACUGAAGAAGUACCAGCGAGCCCUAAGAAAAAGGAAAAAGAGCAACCAUUAAAAGAGAAAGAAGAAAAGACAGAAAAAGUGGAUUUGGAAAAAGUAGAUCUUAAACCCCUCGAUUUUUCAAGACCUGAACUUGAAAAAUAUGAACCAGAAGAGGAGAUGCCGCCGCAGGAAGACCUCCCAGAGGAUAAAAAGCCAAAAUAUGUAAAACGUCCAAAGAAGAAAGUGGAUCAAGAACGAGAAGAAGUCCCUAUUGUACCUGGUGUUCCGAAAAUCCCGGAAAAAGAAGAGGAGCCAACUGUUAAUUUCAAAAUACCCCAGCGACCAAAGCCUGAGGAUGAUGAAACACCUUUGACUUUGAAGCCUUUUACAAAACCAGCGCCAGAAAAAGAUGAUACGGUAGAUUCAGCAGACAUCACUUUCCGACCAACGCCGAUUGAUAAAAAACCCGAAGAGGAAGAGGCUAUGCCUUCGGAUGAAAUUGAAGAGGUCAAAGAGAAACCUGUUCCAAAAAAGAAAACCAAGAAAAAGCCUGUGAGUAAAAAAGAAGCUUGGGAAGAAUGGGUUGAACCGGAAUAUGAACGUCCUGUUCUGGAGCCAAUGCCUGAAAAAAUUGAUUGGCAGCCUGGUGCAAAAAAGAAGAAAACAUUGGAACCCCAUCAUCCAGCACCUCAAGAGGAGCCAGAAAAGAUUACGCCUGAGCCGGAGAGGAUUCCCACCGAGGAAACUAAAGUUGUUGAUAAACAAGAAACGAUGGAGGAAAAGCCGAAGGAGGACGCCACGACUGAGGAAGCCCCAGCUGAAGUUACUCUUCCGAAACAAAAGAAACGUGUGCCUAAGGACAAACCAGAGAAGGUCAUUGAGGAAGUAAUAUUACCAAAAGUUCCACCAGAAGAAUCUGAAGAUGUUUCUAAAGAACUGAUAUUGAAGAAAAAACCAAAGAAAAAACCAGAUAUUGAGAAAGAGGAAGUUCAGACUACACUUCAACUGACCCCAGCACCACAGGAUCACGUGGAUGAAGUUGUUGAAGAAGUGACAAUCUCAAAGCGAAUGAGUAUCGUACCCGACAAACAAGAAGAGGAUACAAUGGAGGAAGUAACAGUAACACCAGUUCCUACUAAACCAGUUGAAACACCUGAGGAUGUUGCUGAAGAGUUGGUAUUGAAGAAAAAACCAAAGAAAAAGCUUAAAGAUAAGGUCCAAGAGGUUGAAGUCACGUUAACAAAAGAGCCAAAACCUAAACCUGUAGAACAAGAGGAAGACGUUAUUUCAGAGGUAAUUUUGAAACCGUCUCCUAAAGAGCAACCCGAAGACAUUGUUGAAGAAUUUGUAUUAAAGAAAGAAGUUAAAAAGGAAACAAUAGUGGAAGAGACUGUUGCUGAUGUUACUCUCCCCAAACCACAAAGCCCCGUGUCUGAUCAACAAGAGGAUACAAUGGAGGAAGUAACAGUAACACCAGCUCCUGCUAAACCAGUUGAAACGCCUGAGGAUGUUGCUGAAGAGUUGGUAUUAAAGAAAAAACCAAAGAAAAAGCUUAAAGAUAAGGUCCAAGAGGUUGAAGUCACAUUAACAAAAGCGCCAAAACCUAAACCUGUGGAACAAGAGGAAGACGUUAUUUCAGAGGUAACUUUGAAACCGUCUCCUAAAGAGCAACCUGAAGACGUUGUUGAAGAAUUUGUAUUAAAGAAAGAAGUUAAGAAGGAAACAAUAAUUGAAGAGACUGUUGCUGAUGUUACUCUUCGAAAAGAACAGAGUCCCGUAUCUGACCAUGAAGAGGCAGUCGUGAUUGAAAAAGUAGUAUCUCCAUCGGGUUCUAUAGAACAACUUGAAGAUGUUACGGAGACAUUAAUAGAGAAGAAGAAGAAACCAAAGAAGGUGUCGAAACCUAAGGGAAAAGAUGCCGAUGUCAAACAACCGGAACAACCAAUACCCGAGGAACAACCAAAAGAUGUGACUGAAGAGAUAACCGUGAUACCAGUUCCGGAAGAACCUAUUGAAGAAGAAAUUACAAUGAAGAAGCCUAAGAAACAACCUGUGAAGGAAGAACCGAUUGAUGAAGAAAUUACAAUGAAGAAGCCUAAGAAACAACCUGUGAAGGAAGAAAGUAUUACUGAAGUCACAAUCACCAAGCGAAAGACCACGGUGCCUGAAGAGGAACGAGAAGACGUUACUGAAGAAGUCACAUUGACAAAGAUUUCUAAAGAAAAACCUCAAGAUGUUGGCGAAGAGUUUGUGCUUCCGAAAAAGCCAGAGAAAUUAAAACCAAUGGAGGAAGGUACGGAAGUAACAUUAGUAAGACAAUUAAGUGUAGCACCUGAGGUCCAAGAGCAAGAAGUUAUUGAAGAGGUAUCCAUAGGUCGACUUCCAGAAGAGCAACCCCAGGAUGUUGCUGAGGAUGUAACAUUGAAGAAGAAGCCAAAGAAAAAAGCAAAGGAUGAAGGAACAGAUAUCACCGUCAAACUACCUCAGCAAAAGAGUAUAAUUCCCGAAGACCAAGAAGAAAAAGUGGAGGAGGUUACAUUAGUUGUCGUCCCUGAAAAAGAACCCAAGCCCGAGGAGGCAGCACUAACAUUGAAGAAAAAAUCAAAGAAGAAGCCGAAGAGUGAAGAAGAUGUUACUGAAGUUACUUUAUCAACAAAAAUUACCCCAGUGAUCAAAGAUCAACAGGAGGAAGUUGUCGAAGAAGUGAUUGUAAUGAAGGCUCCUAAGGAGAAGUCUCCAGAAGCUGUUAGUGAAGUGACAUUGAAGAAGAAACGAAAAGAAAAACGUAAAACGUCAGUUGAGGAGCAGAUGGCUGAAAUUACAUUACAAAAACAACAGGAUGUAGUACCUGAUGAUCAACCGGUGGAAGUUGUGGAGCAUAUCACCUUGGAAAAACCUCGUAAGGAAAAGCCUGAGGAGGACGUAGCUGAUGAGGUUACCAUAAAAAAGCUGCCUCUCAAAACACCAGAGGACAGUCCGCAGGAAGUAACUGAGAAGAUAACCCGGAAGAAAAUUCCGAAGAAGAAACCAACUACUGAUGAGGCAGCGGAUGAAGUUACGAUACAAAAACCGGUGGCUAUUACAAAACCAGAUGAAGAAACUAUUCCAACAGUUGAUGAAAUAAUUCCUGAAGAACAGUCUCCGGAAGUUCCGGAAUUGACAGAAGAGGAGCCGAUCAAGCCACGAUUGAAAAGAAAAUCCAAACCAAAAGCUGUGAGUGAAGAGGAAGUCGAGGAAAUUACAUUAAAAAUAAAAGAGAAAGUCACAGAAGAGCCUACGGAAGAGUUAGUGUUGCAGAAAAAACUCCCCAAAACUCCAGUGGUAGACGAGGAAUCAGACGAGGUUUCAAUAAAGAAGCCAGUCAUUAUUCCAGGCCCCAGGGAAGAAGAAGAAUCUCCAAAAGAACCUGAUGAAGACCGCGUUGAGAGUGUCGUUUUGAAGAAAAAGGUGAAGCAAAAACCAGUGAAAGAAGAAACCGAGGAUCAAGUCACUAUGAAAAAACCAAAGAGUGAUAAGCUUCCACGACACCCCGAGGAGGUGUCUGAAAAGGUAACACUGACUAAGAAACCGAAAAAGAUCAAGGAAGAUGUAGAAGAACAAGAUGCACUUACAAUCAAGAAACGUGUAAUCGAUCAAGCUGAUGAAGAAGUUGAAGAAUCAGUAGAGACGACAGAAUUGAGAGAAGCAUCACCUGAACCUGAAGAGCAAACGAUUGAAAAUAUCACUAUUCGAAAGAAGCGAGGGAAGAAACCAAAGACUGUGGAAGAAUCGGAGGAAACGCAAGUUGUAAUGAUUAAAAAAUCUAAAAAAGUCAGUCCAGAAUCAGAAGCAGUUGAAAUGUCUGCUGACAUUCAACUGAAAAAGGAAACAUCACCGCCGGUCACAGGGUAUGAAGACAGCUUAGUCAUAAAGAAAAUUGAAGAGCACGUUGAAAAGGAAGAUGAUGAAGUCGAAGUUCCUGAAGUACAUGAAUAUGAAACAGUUGAUGAAUAUACAUUCAAGCGAAAACCACCGAAAAAAGCUCCAAAACCAAUGGAAGAGAUUUAUGAAGAUGUGACGUUACGCAAGCUUCGACCCAAGAAGAAAUCUCAUCCAAAUAUUACAGAAAUCACCGAAACCGAAAACGUAACAUUUAGACCCAGAACAACUAGAACAAAAGAAGAUGUUGAACAAGAAUUCAAGAUAUCAUUGAACGUGUAUGAAGAAGAAGAUAUUUCAAUGUCAGGAAAAGUUCGACUAAAGCCAAAGAAACGAGCUCCAACAUACUCUGAAGAGGCCGGUGAAGAGACAAUAAAAAUUAUUAAAGGGCCAGUAGACGACGAUGAACCAAUUACCGAAGAGAUCAUUUAUGAAUCAGACGAUGAAACUAGAGAAGAAUACAGUAUGGAAGAGCUUGAGCUUGAUGAAUUCAAUCUUCCUCUGCGAAGAAAGAGAAAACCGAAGAAAAUUCCUUAUUCGGUAGAAGAAAUUGAAGAAGAUGAUGUUAAAAUGAAGUUGAAACAAACCCGAAAAUAUUCAGUCGAGGAAGCUGAUGAAUCACUGGCUCUUAAAUUGAAAUCGAAGCGGCGACCCUCUACUUACGAAGAAGAAGGUGCAAUGCUUGAUAUUUCAAGAACAAGUGAUAUUUAUGAAGAAGACGAAGAAGACUAUGUAGUUAAUGCAGGUGACCGUAUGUUCUCCGUUUGCUCGUACAUUGCUGAAAACGACGAAGCCAUAAAUCUGGUAGAAGGAGAACAAGUAUCAGUUAUCGAAAAUACAAACAGUGAUUGGUGGUUUGUUAAAAAACAUUUGACACAGGAAAAGGGCUGGGUUCCAGCACAAUAUCUCCUCGACGAGAAACAUUAUUCGAUAUAUUUCCAGAGGAAAUUGAAUGAGAGAAUUGAUAAACUCCCUGUGUUUGAGAAGCCACUAAUGGGCACAGAAACUUAUGCUCCUCGUUUCAUCGAAAAAUUGCAGCCUAUUCAUACCUCAGAUGGUUACACAGUCCAAUUCGAAUGUCAAGUUGAAGGGCUCCCCAGGCCUCAAAUCACCUGGUUCAGGCAGACUGCGAUAAUCAAACCUUCACAAGAUUUUCAGAUCUACUAUGACGAGGAUAACACAGCAACGCUGAUCAUUCGAGAAAUUUUCCCAGAAGAUGCUGGAACAUAUACCUGUGUAGCUAAAAAUGCAGCUGGAUUUGCAUCAAGUACUACAGAACUCACAGUAGAAGGGCCAUUUUCCGAUCACGGCUCUGACAUGACAGGACACUCAAGAAAAAGUUUAUCAAAAGAAUCUUCACUAGCAGAUAUACUAGAAGGAAUACCUCCAACAUUCUCAAGAAAACCGAAAGCCAAAUGUGUAAAUGAAAAUACCGAUGUUAUCCUUGAAUGUCGUUUGGUUGCUGUACCAGAACCAGAAAUCACCUGGUACUACGACAAUACCAAGAUAACUAGUUCCAACAAUAUUGUCAUCGUUACAGAGAGUGAUAUGCACAUGUACUGCAGUAUAAUGAAGAUCAGCAAGGUUCAGAAGAAGCAAGAGGGACGAUAUAAAAUCGUGGCUAUCAACAGAGAGGGCGAAGCAAUAAUCGAAAUACCACUUAAAGUGAAAACUGGUAAGAAAGAACCACCAGAAAUUUUAGAACCUCUCACACCUUUGGUGGUUCGAGAGGGAGAAACUGUUGUUUUGUUGACCCAAAUCGUUGGAACCCCGGAACCUACUAUUACUUGGUUGAAAGAUGGCAAACCUCUUAAGAAUGUUACUCCAACCAAAGAAGGGGAUAUUAACAAAGUUACGUUGAUCCAACCAAAAACUACAGAUACAGGAGAAUAUUCUUGUAUCGCUACAAAUGAGUGUGGAGUAGUUGAAACAACGGCGACACUAACUGUGGAAGAAGUUCCAACUGGAGCUCCAGAACCGCCAUUAUUCGUCCAGCGUUUCCAAGAGAUUGUUGUUCCGGAGAAAGAGACAUUCCAACUGGUUGCCAAAGUCACAGGCAAUCCUAUUCCUGAAGUAUUUUGGUUGAAAAACAACGAGCCAUUGAAAAAGUCCCCGAACAUCAAGGAGAUAUACGAUGGUGAAAAUAUUCUUCUUGAAAUAAGGAAUGCAGAUUCUGAAGUGGAUUCCGGUGACUACAAAUGCAUUGCAAGUAAUUCAAUUGGAAGAGCAUCGCACGGUGCCAAGGUAACCGUGGACGUACCACAAGUAACAUUCACGAAAAAGCUUGAAGAACAUAAAACAGUUGACGAAUAUAAAAUUCUGGAACUCAACUGCGAAACAUCGCAUACGGUUUCAACCACCUGGUGGCACAAUAAAAUCGAAAUAAGUGGUAUGGAUCACCGUGAAGUCAUCCAGGAAGGUCGAACUCACAAGCUUCGCAUCAAAAAGAUAGGAACAAAUGAUGAAGGUGUUUACACCUGUACUGUGAAGAAUCAAUCAACAACUUGUAAUGUAACUGUUAAACCAACAAAACCCGAGUUUGUCAAAAAAUUACAAGACUUGGAAGUCACGGAAAGAAAUGUUGCUAUUUUGGAGGUAGAAAUAACAUCUCAUUCAGCCGAUGUCCAAUGGGAAAAGGACGGCCAACCAAUAAAGCCAAAAGAUCAAGAGGUUGAAUUCGUUAAAGAGAAGACGAUUCGUAAACUUGUAAUCCGUAACGCUUCGGUUCACGACGAAGGAGAAUACACCUGUAUUUUGAGAGAUGAACGAUGUACAGCAGACGUCACCGUUGUCGAAUUACCUCCAGAGAUUAUCAAAAAGAUGAAAGAUGUUCGAAUUAUGACAGGUGAUAAAGCUACCUUUGAGAUUGAAUUGACAAAGGGAGAUGCAUUGGUUCGCUGGUUAAAGGACGGUCAAGACCUGCAGUUCUCGGAACGUGUAACAUUGUACAUAGACGGAAAACGUCAAAAAUUGAAAAUUUAUAAUGCCACCACGGACGAUGCAGCUAUCUACUCUUGCGAAGUUGGUAGUCAAACAUCAACAGCAACUCUCACUGUGCAAGAACCUGGAGUUGACUUUGUUAAAAAGCUACCUGAGACUACCUUAAUUACCUUAGAUAAGGAUGCUACACUCACUAUUGAAUUAUCUAAAUCGAAUAUUCCAGUUCAAUGGUUCAGAAACGAUACACUAAUCCAGGAUUCAAAGAAGUACACGAUCAUUGAUGAAGGAGCCAUUAAGAAACUAAUUAUCAAGAGUUGUUCGAUCAAUGAUAUCGUAGAAUAUAGUGCCUGUGUACGAAAUAUGAAAACAACUACUAAAUUUAAAGUCGAAAUUACUGAAUUAGCUCCAAAAAUUCCUACGGACAUCUCGAAGGUCUAUAAAAUACGACAAGGUAAUGAUGCCUACCUGGAAGUACCUUAUUUUGCAUCACCAACGCCAGUUCACAAGUGGCUUGUAAAUGACAGACCCAUUCCGGAAACUGAUAGAAUCUCCACGACAUUAGACGAUGUGAUGGCUCGUUUGACUAUUCAAAGAGUAACUAAAGAGGAUAUGGACACUUACACCCUAAAACUUUCCAAUCCACUUGGUGAAGCAACAGCAACGAUAUCUCUGAUUGUCGGCCAAGAACCUGAUAUACCUCAAGGGCCAUUAGUCGUCACUGCUGUCGAUAAGGGAUCACUGAUGAUGGAGUGGAAGAAACCAGAAUAUGAUGGUGGAUCUGAAAUUACGGAUUAUAUAAUUGAAUUACUCGAACCUGUCCAAGGAGUAUGGACACCAAUAACAACAGUGGAUAGCAACAUCUUCAAUUAUAUUUUCAAUGAUGUCCAUGAUGGUGUUGACUACAUUUUCCGAGUGAUGGCUAAAAAUGAAUUUGGCGUUUCGAAACCACUGGAAUCUAAACCUGUCACAGGGAAGCCGUGCUUCAAGGAACCUGGAGUACCAAGGGGACCACUAGAGAUGACAGGAUUGACUGGUAAAUCGUUUACACUUAACUGGCAACCUCCGGAAUCAGAUGGCGGUUCUCCAAUUAUUGAAUAUAUAGUAGAAAAUAAGCCAUUGGCAGAUAAAAAAUGGCGAAAAAUUGGAACAACUGAGGGCUCCAAUUCGUAUAUUCACGUAACAGAGUUGAAACCAGAUACAAGUUAUAAAUUCAAGAUAACAGCCAGGAAUAAAAUUGGAAAAGGACCUCCAUAUUUACCAGAGGAACCAAUCAGUUUAGGCGAUCGUAUCACUCCUCCGGGCUGUCCGAUUGACCUGAGGAUUACGAAUAUCACUAGUAGGAGUGCUACUCUUACUUGGUCACCACCAUCGAGCGACGGAGGCAGUCCAUUAACUGGAUAUGUCAUCGAGUUAACAUCUCUCAUCGAUAAAACUCCAAAUUGGGUUAAAGUUGCCACAUUGGAUGCAACGACAUGUCAAUAUUAUGUGGAAAAUCUGAAAGAGAGUGAAUAUCUGUUCAGAGUAUUCGCUGAAAAUUCUGUGGGAUUGAGUUUGCCAACAGUUUCUGAGGCAGUAACAUUGAAAAGUCAUGCUACUGUCCCAACACCUCCAACAGCGCCGCUCGAAAUUAGACAGAUUGCUGCUAAUACAGUGAUAAUUGAAUGGGGAAGACCAGAAUUUGAUGGUGGGGCGCCGUUGGAGAAGUACAAGAUCGCAAUAAAAGACUCUAAGAAGACAAUGUGGAUUGAAGUCGGCUGUGUCCCUGCUGAUACGCAAAAACUUCAUAUUAGAGAUCUCCAGGAAGGUCACGAAUAUUGGAUUAAAAUAUAUGCUGGUAAUGAAGUUGGACUUAGUGAACCAUUGGAAUUGGAUGAACCAUUUAAAAUCGUCACAGCAUCAGAAUUAGGAGUGAUUGAACCCCUGGCAGAGAUCACAGACAAAGGGGAAACUGCUUCCGUAAGCUAUAGUACUGAAAACACUAGUUCAUGGCUAAGAGACCAUAAUAUGGAUGCGGAUAUUAGCUCCUAUGCUCGUGCACGUCUAUUGAGAAAAGACGAAUAUUUCUUCAAAAUUUGGCAUUACGCUAAAAAAUUGUUUAAAUAAAAUGUACGUUCGUACGUUUGAUUGAUAAAUAGAUUUGAAGUAAGAGAUUACAUAGAUAUAAUACAAAUGAGAGGUUGACUCAAGGAAACUUUCAAGAAUUCCAAUACAUGGAAAAUACGUUGGUGGAUGAAGGUUGAUGAAAAAUGACCUUGAGGAGCACAUUGAUAGAUAGGGCUGAUUUGAAAUAUAUACAGAAGCCCGAUGAUUUUUUUUAUCUCUCCUGAGAAUCUUCGCUCGUGAAUAUGCAAUAAUGCUGCACGAUAAUAUAAUUAUUGUAAUUUAAGAUUUAUUUUGCUAUUGAAUUCUAAUUUGGAAAAAGUGUUUAUGUGAGAUGAAUACGUGUCGAAAUAUAUUGUAAUUAUUCGAGUGAUAUUGGUCGGAUAUGAGACAAUCGAAAUAUAGGUGCAAAUGAGAUCAAUCGAAUCGUCCAAUAUCCCAAUAAAUUGCAUAAAGUACUGUGAUUGAGUAAGUUUGUAAGAAAUUGAAGACAAUAAAGACAUUUGACUCAAAAUGA